AUGCGUCGAAACGAUACCGUUCCCACCACACGCAAGGUGCAGGGAGGGAUCUUCUUCGUAAGUGAACUUAUUUUUUAUCUCUGAAAUCAUCCAACACUUUAGGUGACUGUAGCUUAACCACCUUUCCAUCCACAGUUUUUAUGCGAGGAAAGUCAUAUCUUAUUAAAAUAAAUCACCAAAUUAUGACACAAUUUUAUAAAUGCAUACAGAUAAUUUGUUCGUUCGACAUGAUGGAAUCUUUUUGUGUCGGUAAAAUUAAUUACGCGAGAAAUGGCGGUGGAAACGCCUUUAUGCUCAAAUAUUGAUAUAAUAACCAUCAUAUCGAGGUAUACUUGGAGUCAUGCGAUGACAUUGUGUGGUCCUCCGACUACGACUCGGGAAACCAUGCAGUUUAUUAGGCUACAGAUGAAAUAAUUUGUGAUGAACUUCACAGGGUGGUGAAAGCGCACGGUAUGAGCUUGCUUUCUAGUAAAUGUCGAGGGUCAUAUUCUGGGGGCAUGAUAAUCAAUGCUUGACUGCCGUUUGACAAAUAAAUAUAUUAUCGCUCUUAUCCAUAAUAAUCUCAUCAUGUAGACCAGGGGUUCCCAAACGUUUUCACUUGGGGCCCCCCUUCUAGCAUUGGGGAACAUCCCGUAUAUUUUUUCCCCUCAUCAAUCUACACACAAUACCCCAUAAUGACAAAGCGAAAACAGUUUUUUAUAGAUUUUUGCAAAUUCAUUAAAAAUAAAAAACAUAAAUACCUUAUUUACAUAAGGAUUCAGACCCUUUGCUAUGAGACUCGAAAUUGAGCUCAGGUGCAUCCUGUUUCUAUAGAUCAUCCUUGAGAUGUUCUACAACUUGGAGUCCACCUGUGGUAAAUUCUACUGAUUGGACAUGAUUCGGAAAGGCACACACCUGUCUAUAUAAGAUUCCACAGUUGACAGUGCAUGUCAGAGCAAAAACCAAGCCAUGAGGUUGAACGAAUUGUCCGUAGAGCGCCGAGACAGGAUUGUGUCAAGGCACAGAUCUGGGGAAGGAUACCGAAACAUUUCUGCAGCAUUGAAGGUCCCCAAGAACAUAGUGGCCUCUAUCAUUCUUAAAUGGAAGUAGUUUGGAUGGGAAGUGUCACGGCACAGCUAUUUUCAGGUCUCUCCAAAGACCACCAAGACUUCCUAGAGCUGGCCGCCCGGCCAAACUAAGCAAUCGGGGGAGAAUGCCCUUGGUCAGGGAGGUGACCAAGAACCCAAUGGUCACCCUGACAAAGCUCCAGAGUUUUAGCAACAUUUAUUUAACCCGCUUUUGCUUUGUCAUUAUGGGGUAUUGUGUGUAGAAUGAGGAUAUAUAUAUAUAUUUUUUAAGAAUAAGGCUGUAACCUAACAAAAUGUGGAAGAAGUCAAGGGGUCUGAAUAAUUUCCGAAGGCACUACCGGUCAAAAGUUUUAGAACACCUACUCAUUCAAGGGUUUUUAUUUUUUACAUUGUAGAAUAGUAGUGAAGACAUCAAAACUAUGAAAUAACACACAAUCAUGUAGUAACCAAAUAAGUGUUAAAUCAAAAUAUAUUUGAGAUUCUUCAAAUAGCCACCCUUUGCCUUGAUGACAGCUUUGCACACUCUUGGCACUCUCAACCAGCUUCACCUGGAAGGCUUUUCCAACAGUCUUGAAGGAGUUCCCACAUAUGCUGAGCACUUGUUGGCUACUAUUCCUUCACUCUGCCGUCCGACUCAUCCCAAACCAUCUCAAUUUGGUUGCAGUCGGGGGAUUGUGGAGGCCAGGUCAUCUGAUGCAGCACUCCAGUUCUCUCCUUCUUGGUAAAAUAGCCCUUACACAGCCUGGAGUUGUGUUGAAAAACAUGAUUGUCCAACUAAGCCCAAACCAGAUGGGAUGGCAUAUCACUGCAGAAUGCAGUGGUAGCCAUGCUGGUUAAGUGUGCCUUGAAUUCUAAACAAAUCACAGACAGUGUCACCAGCAAAGCACCCCCACACCAUUUUACAUUUUAGUCAUUUAGCAGACGCUCUUAUCCAGAGCGACUUACAGUUAGUGCAUACAUAAUUUUUUUUCAUACCCCCUGUGGGAAUCGAACCCACAACCCUGGCGUUGCAAACGCCAUGCUCUAUCAACUGAGCUAUAUCCCUGCCGGCCAUUCCCUCCCCUACCCUGGACGACGCUGGGCCAAUUGCGCGCCGCCGGCUAUGACAGAGCCUGGAUAACACCACCUCCUCAAUGCUUGACGGUGGGAAAUACACGUGUAGAUCAUCCGUUCACCCACAACGCAUCUCACAAAGACAGUGUUACAAACCCUGUGGCUUUAAAAGUCUGGGGUGGAUGGAAAAGAGACCCGUAACAUAACUCAUGCAAAUUAGAAUAUUGACACGGAACAGUGAGAACAAAAUACACCGACAACCAUAAGCUACCGUCAAAUACAUUUUUUAAAAUUAUAAAACACACGGUAAAGGUUUGGGGAAAAGGGGCUGAGCUGGACCCAAGGAAUAAAACAAUAAUGUAAAAAAAGAAUAAACUGAUCUUGCCUGCCUCAAGAACCGCUAAGCUUACUACUAACUACACAGAAAUACAGUGGGGUGGUCCGCUCAGGUCUAACUAGUGUUUUUAGACAAAGUUUUCCUACGGGUAAUGUAUGGCCAAGGGCGACUUGCUAAAAAAUCCCCUUUUCCCAGGAACAAACAAACAACAUAGUUACCAUAUGGAGUAAACAGCAAAUGAGUGAGUACACAAAAAACAAGACACCACAGUAGCCAUACUCACAAACAAAAAGAGUCUCUGUCAGAAAACACAACUGACUGGCUUUUAAAACCAGGGGAUUUGAUAUGGUAAUGUAAAACCAGAAACAGGUGGUGCAAUACGGAGGAAUUUCCACUGAUUGGUCCACCUCAGCAAUCAGCAGACGAACGGAUGUCGGACAAGUGGGACACACCAACGACCACCAAUCAGGAAAACAAGGGACACCUGUGAUUAGGGCAGAAGGAGAAGAAAAACAAAUAUACAUACAGGAUACCUGUAUCCGUAACACACAGCGUUUGGAACCAAAAAUCUUAAAUUUCCAGCGGUCUAAUGUCCAUUGCUCGUGUUUCUUGGCCAAAGCAAGUCUCUUCUUCUUAUUGGUGUCCUUUAGUAGUGGUUUCUUUGCAGCAAUUUGACCACGAAGGCCUGAUUCACACAGUCUCCUCUAAACAGUUGAUGUUGAGAUGUGUCUGUUACUUGAACUUUGUGAAACCUUUAUUUGGGCUGCAAUUUCUGAGGCUGGUAACUCUAAUGAACUUAACCUCUGCAGCAGAGGUAACUCUGGGUCUUCCAUUCCUGUGUCUUUAUGGUUUUUGCGACUGCCCUUGAAGAAACUUUCAAAGUUCUUGAAAUGUUCUGUACUGACUGACCUUCAUAUCUUAAAGUAAUGAUGGACUGUUGUUUCUCUUUGCUUAUUUGAGCUGUUCUUGCCAUAAUAUGGACUUGGUCUUUUACCAAAUAGGGCUAUCUUCCCUAUCUUGUCACAACACAACUGAUUGGCUCAAACACAUUAAGAAGGAAAGAAACUCCACAAAUUAACUUUUAAGAAGGCACACCUGUUAAUUGAAAUGCAUUCCAGGUGACUACCUCACGAAGCUGGUUGAGAGAAUGCAAAGAGUGUUCAAAGCUGUCAUCAAGGCAAAGGGUGGCUAUUUGAACAAUCUAAAAUAUAAUAGAUAUUUAGAUUUGUUUAACACUUUUUUGGUUGCUAAAUGAUUCCAUAUGUGUUAUUUCAUAGUUUUGAUGUCUUCACUAUUAUUCUACAAUGUAGAAAAUAGUAAAAAUAAAGAAAAACACUUGAAUGAGUAGGUGUAUAUAUACAGUGGGGAGAACAAGUAUUUUAUACACUGCUGAUUUUGCAGGUUUUCUUACUUACAAAGCAUGUAGAGGUCUGUAAUUUUUAUCAUAGGUACACUUCAACUGUGAGAGACGGAAUCUAAAACAAAAAUCCAGAAAAUCACAUUGUAUGAUUUUUAAGUAAUUAAUUUGCAUUUCAUUGCAUGACAAAAGUAUUUGAUACAUCAGAAAAGCAUAACUUAAUAUUUGGUACAGAAACCUUUGUUUGCAAUUACAGAGAUCAUACGUUUCCUGUAGGUCUUGACCAGGUUUGCACACACUGCAGCAGGGAUUUUGGCCCACUCCUCCAUACAGACCUUCUCCAGAUCCUUCAGGUUUCGGGGCUGUCGCUGGGCAAUACGGACUUUCAGCUCCCUCCAAAGAUUUGCUAUUGGGUUCAGGUCUGGAGACUGGCUAGGCCACUCCAGGACCUUGAGAUGCUUCUUACGGAGCCACUCCUUAGUAGCCCUGGCUGUGUGUUUCGGGUUGUUGUCAUGCUGGAAGACCCAGCCACGACCCAUCUUCAAUGCUCUUACUGAGGGAAGGAGGUUGUUGGCCAAGAUCUCGCGAUACAUGGCCCCAUCCAUCCUCCCCUCAAUACGGUGCAGUCGUCCUGUCCCCUUUGCAGAAAAGCAUCCCCAAAGAAUGAUGUUUCCACCUCCAUGCUUCACGGUUGGGAUGAUGUUCUUGGGGUUGUACUCAUCCUUCUUCUUCCUCCAAACACAGCGAGUGGAGUUUAGACCAAAAAGCUAUAUUUUUGUCUCAUCAAACCACAUGACCUUCUCCCAUUCCUCCUCUGGAUCAUCCAGAUGGUCAUUGUCAAACUUCAGAUGGGCCUGGACAUGCGCUGGCUUGAGCAGGGGGACCUCGCGUGCGCUGCAUGAUUUUAAUUCAUGACGGCGUAGUGUGUUACUAAUGGUUUUCUUUGAGACUGUGGUCCCAGCUCUCUUCAGGUCAUUGACCAGGUCCUGCCGUGUAGUUCUGGGCUGAUCCCUCACCUUCCUCAUGAUCAUUGAUGCCCCACGAGGUGAGAUCUUGCAUGGAGCCCCAGACCGAGGGUGAUUGACCGUCAUCUUGAACUUCUUCCAUUUUCUAAUAAUUGCGCCAACAGUUGUUGCCUUCUCACCAAGCUGCUUGCCUAUUGUCCUGUAGCCCAUCCCAGCCUUGUGCAGGUCUACAAUUUUAUCCCUGAUGUCCUUACACAGCUCUCUGGUCUUGGCCAUUGUGGAGAGGUUGGAGUCUGUUUGAUUGAGUGUGUGGACAGGUGUCUUUUAUACAGGUAACGAGUUCAAACAGGUGCAGUUAAUACAGGUAAUGAGUGGAGAACAGGAGGGCUUCUUAAAGAAAAACUAACAGGUCUGUGAAAGCCGGAGUUCUUACUGGUUGGUAGGUGAUCAAAUACUUAUGUCAUGCAAUAAAAUGCUAAUUAAUUACUUAAAAAUCAUACAAUGUGAUUUUCUGGAUUUUUGUUUUAGAUUCCGUCUCUCACGGUUGAAGUGUACCUAUGAUAAAAAUUACAGACGUCUACAUGCUUUGUAAGUAGGAAAACCUGCAAAAUUGGCAGUGUAUCAAAUACUUGUUCUCCCCACUGUAUAUAUAUAUUUUUUAAAUAGGGGGGACCCACUGAUGUAGACUAACCUACCAGCAGAGAGCUGUUGCAUCUGUGAGCUGUUGGCUAGAGCGCACAUGCCAAGACCAGAGUAGGCACAUUUGCUAUUUAACGCAACAGUUUGUGACAAAACUAUCGGUAGAGAGUUGAAAAUGCGAUGGAAACACAUUGAGCAUUAUAUUUUUAUAUGGUACAUGAAAACUUUAAAAUGCACUAUGCAGAAAUCGCUCCACCAUUUCCUGGUUGCUAAAAUUCUAAUAGUUCCCCUAAUUUAAGUUUGUGACAAAACAAGCAAAUAUAGUGUAGAUAAUCAUUGUACCAUGGUCCUCUGUAGCUCAGCUGGUAGAGCACGGCGCUUGUAACGCCAAGGUAGUGGGUUCGAUCCCCGGGACCACCCAUACACAAAAAUGUAUGCACGCAUGACUGUAAGUCGCUUUGGAUAAAAGCGUCUGCUAAAUGGCAUAUUAUAUAUUAUUAUUAUCUAAACCGCUGUGAAAUAAUUUUUUCAUAACCAAAAUUAUUGUGUUUUCAGCUGUUUGAAGCCGAAACCAAACCGAAAGUAAAAUCAAAAACGAAACUUAACAAGAAACAUAGAAACAAUGCACAUAUUACAGAUCUACCGCUUCUUAUACUUGCUUUCAAUGAGAAUGACAGAUCUAUAAUGAACAUUUCUUUGUGAAUUUGGUCUGGUUGCCCAAAAAGUUACAUGUUGCAGCUUUAAUUGAAAAAGUACUUUGUUUGCACUAUUUCAUCACACACUGAUGUUUAUCAGUGUGGUGUCCGAACAACGAUGCUGCGAUGAUGUGUUGAUAAGAAAUCUGCUGACACUGUACUUUGAUUAUAAAGGUUUAUUAUAUCAAAGAUUUCAGCAUCAAUUUACAGACUCUGCAGAAUCUAGAAAGCAACGAAACCAAUCCCAAAUAUGAUCACUCUCCCCCUCCUUCGCCAAACCAUGGUAUAUAAAUCCCAUGCUUCAUGCAACACAAGGUGGCGUGAUUUGAAUAGACCAAUCCCUGGCCUCCACAUAGCCCAAUGUCCUCUGUUUUAGGGGGCCCCUAUAAUAACACUUUCCAGAUGUUUCAGCAAAGUAGAGUAAAGUUCAUCUAACCCACAAUAUGAAAACCUCAGAAACUACAUAUUUCCCCCCUUCGAGACUAAUUAAGUCUCGAAAACAAAAAUAAUAGGAUUAUGACAAAUAACAAUUUUUAUUACAUCAGGCUUCUUGUGUAACUUUAGCAAUAAAACAAAGUUUAUGGAGUGUGAACAAAUUGUUAUGGAGUGUAAGAGCGAAAAACCUGUCUGGCAGCUUUCUUUCCAAAUAUCCAUCAAUCAAUCAAGACAGGAAAAUUUUCUCACGGCCCCUCUGCCCCAUGCGACCACCUAAGUACUCCAGAUCAAUUUAUAAAUCUUUAUCAAUGCAUUUUAAGCUAUGGUGCAAUCGAAUACACGUGAAAGCCUCAGAAAACAAAAUAAAAUAAAAUAAAUGUCCACAUUCAGGCUGGUCGACCCAUCGGACCCUCCCGUGGAUUCUCUCUGUCCCUGCCUAGACCCAAUAUCCCUAAGCGUCAAAGAAAAACGAAAAACAUCUGAGGUCCCCACAUGUACCCAACAACAGAAAACAUAAUAAAAUAAAAAAACUAAUACAGAAAGAAUAUGACACAAAUUAUGUAUUACACAUGCAAAUAUGUAUAUAUAUCAGUGCAGACACUGGAAUGUAGUCCACUAUACUGCAGCUCCUCAGCAGUGUCGACUUUCAAUGCAACGUCGAUGAUGGAAUCUGAACAUUUCCACACCGUCCUUGUUCAGCUUCCUCCAGUCCAUUCAUAUUGUCCAUGUUUGAGUAUUUGAAUCCCACUCUACACAUUCCCCAUAUGCUUCUGGAAGAAAAGAAAACACCAACCAGUAUCUUUUGCAAAGCAACACAUGAAAAUUAAACAUCAAUAAUAAUAUAUAUAAAUGAUAUAUAAAAAUGAAUCACAUUCCAUUUCCCCCCUUUGAUUCAUAAGAAAACACUAAAUAUCACAACAAUAUGCAAAGAAAUGUGAAAUUUAUCGCACAAUCAGAUAUUCAAACUGGAUAUCUAUCCAUCAAUACUCCAUCCAGUACCACUUGUUCAUCUCCAUCUAGAUCAGUCACGGUUAACAACGGCAUCUGAGUGUUGUCUCCAGGCAUCACAACUCCAACCCAUCUCAAUAUCAUAGCCUUCGCAAAAGUCAAUAACAAAGACUUUCCUAGAGUUACUUCAACCCUAGUUUUCGUAACGUUUUGGUCUGACUUUUUUCCGAACUGGUCUGGGGCUACUUUGUCUAACCGAAUCACCGGCUUCUCCUGUAACAGAGUUGCCCUUGGUGAUCUCUGCGGUUUCACAUUCCACUGAAAUAUGCCCUGUUGUUUCUGGGACGUAUUGAAAAUCAAUGUCCCCAAAUCUCCUUUCCUGUCCAUCCAUUGCAGAGUCGUGUCUGGCAUCAUCAGAAAUGUACACAUGAUCAUCAACGUUGUCCACAGCAUGGACAAUCUCUCCUUCUGGGUUUUGACUCUGGAUAUUGUCAUGCAUCUCUCCUUCUGUCUGUUCUUCCCUAUCUUCAUCCUGCUCUCUUGAGCCUUCAACAUCUUGGCUCUCUGCGCGUGGCACCUCUUCUCUAGGCGCUUUAACACAAUGUAACAAAUGAUACCACGUUGGAGACCCUUUAACCUGGACAGCCGUUCCAGUACUACGAACAACUUCAAAUGGUCCCUCACGGCGUUCGUUAUACCACUUCCUUCUAAAUACCUUCACGAACACCUUGUCCCCAGGUUGCACUGUACUCCUUUUUUGCUCAUCGAGCUUCUCCUGCACCUCUUCUUUUCUUUGCCUGUCAGAAACAUAUGUGGAUAGCUUUUUAUGACAAUGUAACAUACGCUCUCAUUUCAUCUUCCAAAAGAGCCAAACUUGGACCCUUUCCGUUUGUUCGCAAACAAGGCGUAGGCAUUCUUCUUCCUGUGACCAGUUCAUGGGGUGUCAUACGUAGAUCACGCAACUCACUUGAGCGACACACCAUUAAUGCUAAAGGGAGCGCCGCUAUCCAGUUUAGACCCGUAUGCUGGCAAAUCUUGACAAUGCGAUUUUUCAAAACACCAUUCAUUUUUUCACAAAUCCCUUGACUUUGUGGGUGAUAAACUGCUCCUAGACGUUGCUUAAUUCCCUAUUUUUUCUAAAUCAAUUUCACUGAUUUAUCCACAAAUUCUUUCCCAUUAUCUGAGGAUAUUCGAUCGGGAAGUCCCCACCUGCUUAUGACUUCUUUACACAAGAACUUGGCAACCGACUGAGCGUCUUUUCGCUUGGUUGGACAGGGCUCCGGCCAUCGUGAAAAUCUAUCCACAACCACCAGCAUGUAUCUUUUCCCUUCAACUGGUUUUAUCAUAUCAACAAAGUCGAUAACCAACUCACGCAUAGGACCUCUCGGUGUUGGAAUGUGACCAGGAAGAACAGUCACACCCCUGCAAACAUUAUUUUUCUGACAGAUUGUGCACCUGCCUAUGACAUAGUCAACCUGUUCAAGCAAAUAUGGUGCCCAAAAACCAUAGUCCUUUGUGAUCUUUCUCCUAACCUCCCCCCUUGCAACAUGAGCUAACCCAUGUGCUUCCUGAAUCAUCAGACCUAAUAGGUCUAGAGGCGCUACUAUCAACCCCUCAUGGUUUCUCCAAAGACCCGCAGCAUCUUUGACGGCACCUCGGUCUAGCCAUAACUGUUUGUCAAUCAUAGAAGCAGCUUCCUGCAUCAAAAUAACAUCCUUAAGCGUAAUUUUGUCUUCCAAGUCCACUCCAUGAGUGACCAGAAAAACCUUGCCCAAUUUGUCCGCUCCUGUGAUGGCUUUUGCAGCUUCAUCAGCAGCUUUGUUCCCUUGUGUGACUUUUGACACAUCUGUUUUAUGAGCUGCACACUUAGCUAUCGCUAUCUCUUUAGGCUUCAUCAUAGCAUGCAACAGUUUCAUUAUUUGCGCGUGAUGUUGUAUCGGAGAACCAUCUGUUUUCUUAAACCCUCGACCUUUCCACACUGCUCCAAACAAAUGACAUACACUAUGUGCAUAUGCAGAAUCAGUAUAUAUCGUCACUCGCUUUCCUUCUGCUAACAAACACGCUUCUGUUAGCCCCACAAGUUCAGCAAGUUGUGCGGACGCAGGCUGUGGUAUUACUUCAGCCUUUUCAACAACAAAUCCAGUUCCUUGGGCUUUAACUACUGCAUAGCCAGCACACAAUUUAUCUCCCACACGAUAACAAGACCCAUCAGUCCAAUACUCCAGGUCUGCCUCACGUAAUGGAAGGACUUGCAAAUCUGAUCUAAGCCUCGAGUAUUUCUCUGCUUCUUGAACACAAUCAUGUGGCUCACCAUCCUCUGAAGUUGGCAAAUUCUCGGCUGGAUUCACCGUAUCACACCUCACUAGGGUGACAUCUUCCUGCUCUAAGAGCCUAUGAUAGUCUCUGAGCCUAGGCAUAGCCAAUGUAUAUUUUCCAUAGUUCAGAAGAUUUCUGAGACUAUGAUGGGUAAUAAUUGUUACUGGGUAACCCAUCGUAACAGAUGAUGCUUUGUCAUACAUUAAAUAUACUCCCACCAUUGCUCUGUAGCACAAUGGUAGCCCUAGUUCUACUUCUGAAUAGGCAGUAGAGUAGUAGGAAAUAGGUUGAGGAUUCGUCCCUGUACCUGUCGGCUGACAAAGAACUGCACAUGCAUAUUUACCUCCAGUAGAAGUAGACACAUAUAGCAAUAAAUUCUUAGAGUAGUCUGGUAGUGUGAGUGCUGGUGCCUCUUGUAACCUCUGUUUGAUCGUUUCAAAUGCUACAAGGCCUUCCUGUGUCCAGGAAAGAUUGCUAUGGAGUUGACCAUUCCCAGUAUCUUUAACCAUAGCUCUCAAAGGUCCCGUCAAACUAGCAUAGCCCUCAACCCAGGCUGAAGAAUAACCAGCAAUACCAAGAAAUGUCAUCAUCUCUCUGACAGUUCUAGGUGUCGCAUCAGGAGGAAUUUGGGCUAACAAGGUACGCGGGUCUGGCACUUCUGCUGGAAAAUCAGUUACUACUUCAUUCACUGCUCUCAAAUCAUGAACCAUACGAUAAGUCUCAUCGGGUUUCUUCACAGGCAACAAAGGCGUGUUACUCUGAGGAUUUUUUAUUGUCUUCAAAACACCUGCUUUCGAAAGUCCUUCAAUUUGUGGUUCGAUCCCUUGGAUUGCUUCAUCUUUGAAUGGAUACUGAUUCUUCCAAGGAGGUCUGGCUGCACUGCAAAUAGAUUCAUGUGUCAUCCGUACAGCUUGUGGCUGUCCUUGUCCUUGAGCCGAAAUCAUGAUUUUGAGAAAUCGCUGAUCUUCAGUCCUCCAAAUCGCCAAAUUCUCUUUAAUCGGUACAAAAACAGCUUCCUCUGCUUCUGUCAUCAUUUCUCCUAUAUGCUUCUGCUCAUAGUCUUCAGAAACCAACAAGGUCACAUGUGGCACACUCUUCUCAAUCUCAAAUUCUUCAUCCAGAUAAUCAUCUGUGUUUAUCUUCAUAGCUGCUCCUUGUGGUCCUAAAAUUAUGCAACAUGAGCUGAGUUUAACUUUCUUUGGUUGAUGACUCAACCAUUCCUCUGAGUUCGAUUAGGCAGCAUUCUUGAAAUACUUGAGCGUACAAUGAAAUGGAUAUUCCGGAAGCCUCGCAUCUGGCAUGUUUGCCACAAUGAAUUUCUCCCAUAUCUUAGCCGGCUUCAAAAAAUCUGCACUGAGAUUUCCAAUCCAAAAUACUGAAGAAGAGUCAAUCUCUGUCGUCAUCAACAAUUGGUAAACCGUUUCUUUUGUCACUUCUACCAGACAGCCGUCUGGCGUACAUUUUAUUGUACAAUUCAAUCUACACAAUGCAUCUCUUCCCAACAAUGCAAUAGGUGUAUGUUCCGAUACCAGUAUGGGUAAUUUAGUUUUCAGAUUUUUAUAGCAGAGCUCAAUUGGUUCCGUAAGAGGAAUCAGCUGUUUCACUCCCUCAAACCCGAUUGUCCGAAUCAGUUGAUUGGACAUGGGGAGAUGUGUAGCAUCUUCAGGCUGAACACAGGUGAAAGCAGCUCCGCUAUCCGCCAUCACUUCCAAUGGUCGGUUGUUUACUUUCACCUCAAUUGUUGGAUCUUUUUCCGGUCCUGAUGCUACCAGCUGACACCCCCCUUUCGGAUCUUCUGGGCACCUCUAGAAUCCUGGCUCUGGGCCCCUAUAAGGGUUCACCGGUCCUCCAAAUGAUCUUGACUGGCCCCUGUAUCUUCCUCUGAAAUUUCCUCUGGUGUUUCCUCCUGGCCCAUUACACUCACGGGCAAAGUGUCCAACCUGUCCACAAUUAUAACACACUUCUGAAGAUUGCUGGAAGUAUGGAUUAAAUCUUCCUCCUCUUCCUCUUCCUAAACCUUCUCGUCCUCUUCCUCUCCAAUUCUGUGUCUGUCCGGAAACUGGCUGUGGAUAUGAAACAACUGGUACCACUAGUGGUGGCUGGGACAAUUGCGGUUGGACCUGGUUUGGUUGAAGCUGUGGCAGUGAUUGUUGAUUUGGUGAACACUGAUUCUGCAUAACCAAAGCCUGUUUCUUCUCCGUCUUCUUAUUCUCUACCAGUUGUAUUUGAUUUAGUUUUCUGAGAGUUUCUUGGUCCUGUUCUUUCUGGUUGUGUUCCUUUUUCCUGUAUAGAUCCACUUGAUGGGCUAUAUGAUCUGUAUAGAUACCCUUUGCCAUGCUUCCAAGUCCAACCACCUCUGCCAGUUUGCUCCUUACUGGUGAGGGCAGCCCCAUCUGCAGUUUAGCUCGCAAAAUUGACUGCUCCAUUUGACUCACAUCUGGAUCAUUUCCGGUAAUAUUUCUCCACACUUGAUGAGCUCUUGACACAUAGGCUCUCGGAUUUUCUUGUUGUCCUAGUGGGUCAAUCAGUAUGUUGUCAGGAUGCACAUUUGCUGGAAACGUAUCUUUCAGUGCUCUCCACAGCCGAUUUCUACUUGCAGCUAACAACUCAGGAUCAUUCACCGCAGUCCCCACAUAUCGAUUAAGUCCAGCUCUCUGAAAAAUUUCUUCCAUACCUGGAAUCCCAAGGAGAUUAGCCAAAAGUCUCUUAAUGUCUCCUAUGGCAGACUGUGUUCCCACCGUAAUUUCUUCCAACUUUGAAAUCCAAGGAUGUGCUCCAUCUUGAAGAGUAGGCAGCUUCUCAAGUAUAUCUGACAUAUCGGUAUUCUGCAAAGGCUUAUACUCAAGGUUCUGUCCUCGGAUUAUCACUGGCAUCAUCUUCUUACUUGUGCUCCCUUUUCUUGGGCGCAAUGUAUACAUCCUCUCCAAUUUUUGGGAUUCUUUUUUCAGCAGUUUUUCCUUCUGUAUCUUCAGCUUCUCGAGUUGUUCUUCCAAUUCUCUUACUUCUUCUAAAUUAUUUCGACUUAUCCAAGCAUGAUAUGUAUCGAUCCAUAUCUCUUUCUAUUUCUUCUGUGCUAGUCAUUGUAUGAUAAAAUCCUCUUGAACAUGAAGCACCUUUAAUCUCAAAAUCUUCAUCGCUGUCUCCAUCUUCACUUUCAUCAGAGGUCGGGUCUCUUGUAUCCUUCUUCUUCCAACUUCCAUCACCCCUUCUUUCCGCUCUGGCCAACCUCCAUCUGAUCACAGGGUCAUAUCCACCCAUGAUCUCUUCUGAAUCACUCUGAUCAUCAUCAUCAUCUUCAAAUUCCAUCCUCCUGAACCUCACUCUACCCUUAGUUUCCAGACGUGUCAUUUUCUUCUUACUUUUGGAGUUUGGAUUCAUCUUUAUGGUCGUUUCUGCUUGUCCUCUCUCUAUUAUUCGUUCAUCUUCAUCUCUGAUGCAAUAAUCACCCUCCUGAAUGAUCACUGGAAGCUGAGGAUAGACGUCCUUAAACUCUACUUCUUCCUCGUAAGGUGGGGGUCUUUUUGCUGAAUCCGUAUGUGAGAAAGGUGUAUUGACUUCUGCCAUUAGUUUUUCUGUUACCUUCGCCUCUUUUGUCAUUUUCUCUAUACCUCUGUCUCUUUUAUCUUUUGUAUCUUUUAUCAGUUUUUGUCCCUCAUUUUCAAACAACUUAAGAACACCCAGCUCUCUUUGACUCUUUUCUUUACGUUGUUCCCCUUUUUUCUGCUUCUUUUGAUCUGCCUUAUACGUGGACACAAGCACUUGCAUUAUUUUAAUUACGUCUGGGUUAAGAGUCCCUUCCACUGGCCAUGGUUGUUCAAUGUCAGGCCAACGUUUAUGCCAUUUUCCAGAUAACCUUGCAAUACCAUUAACUAGAGGGUUACUCUUUUGUACUACAUCAACAGGAGUAAUUACUUUCGUAGUUUUGAUGUCCUUUUUCCGCAUUGUAACAACUCUUUUAUAUUCCUUUAUUGUGAAUUAUUUUAUUAUUAUUAUUAUUAUUAUUAUUAUUUUACACUAAUUAAUUUGUAAACCCAAAAAUACUUUAAGCUAUGUAGCUUAUCUUUCCCUCCUAUUUUUUAAAAAUAUUUUUAUUUUAUUUUUAUUCUACCAAAUUAUUAAUUAGUGGCAAUCUUACCACAUCCGAUAAAGAAAAGUAAAGGAAACUAGUCAACUUCAGAGCAAUCAAAAAAGAAAGACUUGUAAUCCAGCAACACUACAGCGCCCACAAACCAAUUGCUUAAUAAGCACCCAAUCACCUUAAUUUUACAGAAUAAUCUCAGUGCUGGAUUUCCAACACAACUCUAAUCAAAACAACCCAUGCACAAGCAAAACUCCAAUGUGUAAUUCUCCAUUACAUCAAUUGAUCAGUCUGUUGCCAAGUCCCUGUUAUUCCCAGAUGGCAUGAACACGGCAUUUGUUAAGAGUUUGUGGAUAGAACAGUACUGGCCUUAAUUGGACUGGAUCCGGGUCAGCACAUGCUGUCGCGUGACGCACUGGUCAGCACCUCCUCUCUCUCUGUCUCCUCCUUCUCGUCUCUCACACCACAGGAGAACAAAAGAAACAGACAACAAUUUAGUAUUUUAUGUACUCACUGGGUUAUUUCAACCAUACAAUACGUCAACAUAGCUCUCAUUUAUAAAUUCAAUCGAUCUCAAUCAAAUAGUUUCAUAGUCAAGCAACAGCCGCUUAACAAACAUAAUACUUUAUUUGUGUGUACUCAAGUCUCCCCCUCCUUCUCUUUGCAUCUAUAAGUCUGCGUGUCACAGCAGCUCAGUGCAGGCAGGGGAGUGGCAUAUUCAUUCUGUGUAACUGUAAACUCCUAGAACUCCACACAUGCGCAGGUCAUUUAUUAGUGUGACUUCAGAGUGAGAUGAGUGCUCCCGCAAGCAAUUUUUCUCCAAGUCAAACAGCAGACAGACCAGCUGUCUCUCCGUUCUUUCCAACAAACCACAUUUACCACACAGACAACGGUAACACUGAACAAAACACACAAACAAACACAAAACAUAGAACACAAAUCCUACAUCGAAGUUUCUUAACUUUCCUAUAGUCUAUUUUCUCUCUCCUCUUUCUUCACCCAUUCUACUACAAUCUGCAGACCUAUACCCAUUUUCUUAUCCAUUACAAAUCCUCUCUAUACAAUCAUAAUGUCCUCCCGGGGGCUCAUAGACUUUAACAAAUUUGAAAUCGUUCUCUCAAAUGGAGACUGAUAAGGUUUUAACCGUAAUUAACAGAUUUCCUUACAAAAAACUAAAAUCUCUGUUCUCAACCAAAACAUAUAUAUGUAUAUAUAUCUAACAUAAAAUCUUAUCAUAGCAUGAGUCGAGCAUAUAAACCUCUGCACAAUCCACACAGCUGAAACACAGCAGAGACAUCUUUCUUUGCGCACACUCUCUUUCUCUCACACACACAUGAAAACUUCCCUAAAGCAUGCUUCCGCCGCUCCUUUUCCUUUAUUUUCUUCUCUUCCUAAAUUUUUGCUACCUUGAGUUGCAGAUAUUCAAUGAGAGGCUACAUCGGACAUAUAGCUCGUCAACUAUAUAUCGAAAGGUAACAUACAAUUGAAUUUCUAUUCUACAAUCUCCCAGUUCCUUGGAACGGACCCGAGAAUUCACCUAGUGACUUUCCAAGAUUUGCGGCCCAUCUAAUGAUCGCCUCAUUUGAGGGCUUCCGUAGAUCAGCGGCGUCCUAAACGUUAUUCCUGUUUUCCUUAUUUUAUUCCUUUAUUUUAUUCCUUUUUCCCUUUAAUUUUAUUCAAGCCAAAUUUCCCUGGGUCCAGUGUUAUCAAUUCCUUUUUUUUCCUUUGAUCCUUUAUUAUAUUCACACUCCCCCCUGUUUGCGUUGUUUCCAACGCAAACAAAAUGCAGAAAUUUAGAACGGAAUCUCAUCACACAGCAAUCACAGCAUGGCACACACAGGUUCUUCACGGUGCAUUCCCUCAACGCACACACAGCCACACGAACUGACCAGCGCCCAAAGUUGUGAGAAAGCUCACCUUAUCUGCCGGCCUCUGGAGCGGGAGUCAGCUCGGAGCCCAUGAUGGAACGUUGAAACAGACGCAACUCGCCCCAAAAUCCUCGUCGGCAAUUUCUGUGGUGUCCGAACAACGAUGCUGCGAUGAUGUGUUGACACUGUACUUUGAUUAUAAAGGUUUAUUAUAUAAAAGAUUUCAGCAUCAAUUUACAGACUCUGCAGAAUCUGGAGAGCAACGAAACCAAUCCCAAAUAUGAUCACUCUCCCCCUCCUUCACCAAACCAUGGUACAGUGGGGAAAAAAAGUAUUUAGUCAGAAACCAAUUGUGCAAGUUCUCCCACUUAAAAAGAUGAGAGAGGCCUGUAAUUUUCAUCAUAGGUACACGCCAACUAUGACAGACAAAUUGAGAAAAAAAAAUCCAGAAAAUCACAUUGUAGGAUUUUUAAUGAAUUUAUUUGCAAAUUAUGGUGGAAAAUAAGUAUUUGGUCACCUACAAACAAGCAAGAUUUCUGGCUCUCACAGACCUGUAACUUCUUCUUUAAGAGGCUCCUCUGUCCUCCACUCGUUACCUGUAUUAAUGGCACUUGUUUGAACUUGUUAUCAGUAUAAAAGACACCUGUCCACAACCUCAAACAGUCACACUCCAAACUCCACUAUGGCCAAGACCAAAGAGCUGUCAAAGGACACCAGAAACAAAAUUGUAGACCUGCACCAGGCUGGGAAGACUGAAUCUGCAAUAGGUAAGGAGCUUGGUUUGAAGAAAUCAACUGUGGGAGCAAUUAUUAGGAAAUGGAAGACAUACAAGACCACUGAUAAUCUCCCUCGAUCUGGGGUUCCACGCAAGAUCUCACCCCGUGGGGUCAAAUUGAUCACAAGAACGGUGAGCAAAAAUCCCAGAACCACACGGGGGGACCUAGUGAAUGACCUGCAGAGAGCUGGGACCAAAGUAACAAAGCCUACCAUCAGUAACACACUACGCCGCCAGGGACUCAAAUCCUGCAGUGCAAGACGUGUCCCCCUGCUUAAGCCAGUACAUGUCCAGGCCCGUCUGAAGUUUGCUAGAGUGCAUUUGGAUGAUCCAGAAGAGGAUUGGGAGAAUGUCAUAUGGUCAGAUGAAACCAAAAUAGAACUUUUUGGUAAAAACUCAACUCGUCGUGUUUGGAGGACAAAGAAUGCUGAGUUGCAUCCAAAGAACACCAUACCUACUGUGAAGCAUGGGGGUGGAAACAUCAUGCUUUGGGGCUGUUUUUCUGCAAAGGGACCAGGACGACUGAUCCGUGUAAAGGAAAGAAUGAAUGGGGCCAUGUAUCGUGAGAUUUUGAGUGAAAACCUCCUUCCAUCAGCAAGGGCAAUGAAGAUGAAACGUGGCUGGGUCUUUCAGCAUGACAAUGAUCCCAAACACACCGCCCGGGCAACGAAGGAGUGGCUUCGUAAGAAGCAUUUCAAGGUCCUGGAGUGGCCUAGCCAGUCUCCAGAUCUCAACCCCAUAGAAAAUCUUUGGAGGGAGUUGAAAGUCCGUGUUGCCCAGCGACAGCCCCAAAACAUCACUGCUCUAGAGGAGAUCUGCAUGGAGGAAUGGGCCAAAAUACCAGCAACAGUGUGUGAAAACCUUGUGAAGACUUACAGAAAACGUUUGACCUGUGUCAUUGCCAACAAAGGGUAUAUAACAAAGUAUUGACAAAACUUUUGUUAUUGACCAAAUACUUAUUUUCCACCAUAAUUUGCAAAUAAAUUCUUUAAAAAUCCUAUAAUGUGAUUUUCUGGAUUUUUUUUUCUCAUUUUAUCUUUCAUAGUUGACGUGUACCUAUGAUGAAAAUUACAUGCCUCUCUCAUCUUUUUAAGUGGGAGAACUUGCACAAUUGGUGGCUGACUAAAUACUUUUUUGCCCCACUGUAUAUAUAUCCCAUGCUUCAUGCAACACAAGGUGGCGUGAUUUGAAUAGACCAAUCCCUGGCCUCCACAUAGCCCAAUGUCCUCUGUUUUAGGGGGCCCCUAUAAUAACACUUUCCAGAUGUUUCAGCAAAGUAGAGUAAAGUUCAUCUAACCCACAAUAUGAAAACCUCAGAUACUACAAUCAGCAACAAGUCAGUAUGGUGGAAACUGUCUGCAUAUUUUCUUUAUGCGGAUUUUAGAAUAUUUGCUAGCUAGGUUUCCAUCCAAUUGGCGACAGAUUUUCAUGCGAAUAUUCUAAAAGUGUUUCCAUCGGAUUGUUGCGGAUAAAAGGCUGUGCGUGAUGACGGAAUGCAUAUAAAAAUAACCUAUGCGGUUAAAAUCCCAUUUACCGAAUAAAAAAAUACUAAAUAAAUGGGUUUCAAUCGCAUUUUCAACUCUACUUAUUGUUUUGUCACUAAACAUUUUGCGUUAUAUAGCGAAUGGGCCUACUCUGGUUUUGGUACGUGCGCUCUAGCCAACAGCUCGCAGAUACAGUGCGGGUAGGCUACCUGCAGACUAUUAUGGACAAAAGAGAGAGAUAAUUUUUUAUUUAUCAAACGUCAGCCAAGCAAUGAUCGUCAUGUCACCAGUAUAAGACACUCAAUAUUUAUUGGAACGGAGCAUCGCCAUGCACUUCCACUUCCCUGUGAUGUUCAUCAUAAUUUACUGCGUUUAAUCUGUAGCCUAAUAAACUGCAUGCUUUCCGGAGCCGUAGUGGGAGGACCACACAAAAUAACAUUGUGUGACUCCCAAAUUGACUUCGAUAUGAUGGAUAUAAUAUCAAUAUUUGAGCAUAAAGGCGUUUCCAUCGCCAUUUCUUGCAUUAUUAAUUUUACCAACACAAAAAGAUCCCACCUCAUAUUUUAUUUAUGCAGAUUUGGAUGGAAACCUAGCACUCUUGAUUAUAUGACAGGUUAUCUUAGGUUAAAGUUACCACUGGGCUCUGUCUGUCUUCAGGACUGAGUUUUAUAAUAGAUACCUGUACAGUAGGCUAUCUAUCUGAAGAUUCAAUAAUGGCAGUAUACUGUACCUUUUUACUAUUUAGGUAGGCCUAUGCUUACAGAUUUGCCAUAGACAAUUAUAAAAAUAUAUAUAUAUAAAAAAACAAGGCACAUAAAUGUUAAACUGAUACCAUUCCAACACAUCCAUACAACUGAUUCAAAUAAACUAAAUGGAGAUAGAAAAUCAAGAACCAUUUAAAGAUGCACUAUGCAAAAAUAGCUCCGCCAUUUCUUGGUUGCUAAAAUUCUAAUAGUUUGCCUAAUUUCAGUUUAUGUGACAAAAUAAGCAAGUAUAGUGUAGAGAAUCAUUAUACCAUCUAAACCGCUGUGAAAUAUCUUUUGCAUAACCAAAAAUAUUUCUGCUGUUUGAAGCUGGUGUACAAAUCCGAAAGUAAAAGACGCAAAAAACAAAAACAACACUUAAGAACGGGAAGCAUAGAAAUAGCGUGCAUAGAACAGAUCUACCGCUUCUUAGACUUGCUUUCAGUGAGAAUGACAGAUCUAUAACACACAUUUUUAUGUGAAUUUGGUCGGGUCGCCUAAAAAGUUCCAUAUUGCAGCUUUAAAUGUGGUAUUGUACUCUGGUUUGAACCCUAUACAGGUACUCAAGGGGUUAACAAGUGGCAGCCAAUCUGGAAUGUAGCUCUGCUUCAUUUGUUAUCAAUCUGGCUGGGGGAAGGUAGUCAUGUCAAACUGUCACCUCAGCUCUUAUCACACAGCUCUAUCACUGUGACUAGUCUGAAACCAGUGGGGCGCGACCGACCAGCAUUUUAUAGUGGGACCUACCCAUGUAAUGAGUCUGUUAAUGUGCUCUUCAAGGCUGUUUUCUGUUAGCCUGGUCCCAGAUCUGUUUGUGCUUUUGCCUACUCCAUUGUCAUUGUCAAGCCAAAUCACUCUGUAAAAAGUUGCUAGGUCACGUCACAUUUCUCCAACUUAAUACAUACUGCAAUUUCAACCACAAAGCUUAUUCACUUUGAUUUUAAACAUCAAAAUACAAGUGCUUGCCUAGCUAACAUCUAAAUGUUUGAUUUUGUUGUUAACAUUUUUAUUCUAAAUUGAGGUUCCAGAUGUUGUCUUGGAAUUAUUCAAUGUUAUGUUCAGCAACCAAUCAGUGACCUUGCACAAAAUUCGGCUGCAUAUUGAAAUGUUGAGAUUCACAGAAAGGCCAGACUGUUUUGCAUGUCAAUUCCAUAAGGAGUUGGCAAGAGAGUAAAAACAGACUGGAAACCAGGCUAGUUUUCUGCAGUUAUGUUUACAAUAAAAUAGCUCUCUCCAACCCACCGCCCUAGCCUUAGCCAGUGGUUGAGAUAGGCCUACAUGAUAUGCAAAUACAGUAGGUUCUAUCCUCGUAAAAAUAGUUGGUUCAAUCACUGAGGUAGAGCAUUUCCUUUGCUGUGAAAUAUGAUCCAAUCGAAACUGAGCAAGCCAAUUGACAAAGAGAACAAAUGUGAUUAGACUGCCAAGUACUUUUCCUUCCCCUAAUUCCAAGUAUGUCCCUUCUUAGUUUAUCCUCACAGAUUCCAUGUUGCUCACAGAUACCUUUAAAUCAGCUGCUGUACAGUAUUUCACUUUGACACUGUCCACCACAGCUAUAAAACAAGUAGAACUAUGGACACCAGUAUACCUUCUGUCUAACUCUGGCGCCACAGUACCCUGUCCCUGUCUGGGGGCCACUUAACCUACUUACACUCCAACUCCAUCAUCACUACCAAGGAGUUACUGUCUCAGACUGUAGUGGACUGAUCCACCGGGCUUCUGGGUGAUUCUACACAAGGAUGGUCCCAAAAUAUUUUUGCCAUCUCAGAUUGUUCUGGCAAUUCUCACAUACAAACUUAAUUGUGAGGAAGGAUGUUUGAUAUGCUUUUUACAUUUAUAUCACAAACCAUUUCUGAGAAAAUCAUGAUGAACGUGGCCAUUUUAGGCCCUUUUUAGACCUAUACAUGCAUCCUGUAAGACCCUAUGAUCCGUGAACCGUACAUGAUACAGACACAACAUCAUGUCAUUAUACUCCUUAUAGUGUGCUCUAAAAUAUGGAGUAUUCCUAAAAGUACCCUUUUUGAUUUUGACAUUUUUUGGAACCAUAUACUUUUGAAGAUGUGAACCAUUUUAUUCAUAGAAAUUGACAUUAUAGGUCAUUAACCAAUCACAUUCAGCAAAUCACCAGCAGUUCCCUUUGAAUCCAUUUUCCCAUUCACGAUGUUGGUGGUGCUCAUAAAAUGUAUCAUAACUUCAAAAGUAGCAGAGUACCCACUCUGGAAAUGUGAUGUACUUGUAGAGUAUAUUGUUUAAAACAAUAUGUCCAGAAAAUUUACAAAAUCAAAAAGGUUACUUUUGAGAUAUUAAUAUUUGUAAUGUUUAAUACAUUUGUGAAUUUUUUUAUUUCAGAAUCUAGACAUACUAAAUAUUUUAGAGCACACUAUAAGGAGUAUAAUGACAAGAUGUUGUCUGUAUCAUGUACGGUUCACGGAUCAUAGGGUCUUACAGGAGGCAUGUAUAGGUCUAAAAAGUGCCUAAAAUUGCCACUUUCAUCAUGAUUUCGCCCCCCCCCCCAAAAUGUUGAUACAAAUUUAAAAAGCAUAUCAAACAUACUUCCUCCCAAUUAAGUUUAUAUGUGAGAAUUGCCAGAACAAUCUGAGAUACCCAAAAUAUUUUUGGGCCUUUCUGGCGUGGAAUCGCCCUUCUUACUUGUGUGUUGGAGUAUUUGUGUGUGUUGUAUUGUGUGAUCAGGUAUUAAGCAUUGUGUCCCCUCAUUCAACAGCCUAAGCCUCAGAAUGCCAUCACCAUUGCGGUGUCAUCGCGGGUCCUCUUCAACAUGGAUAAGGAGCAGCAGAUCUACGAACAGAAAGGCAUGGAGGACUACCUCAAGUACCAGAUAGAGCACGAGAUGGAGCCCUUCGUCCCCGGCCCUGCUUUUCCUUUCGUUAAGGUCAGGGAAAUAAAGACACAAAGACAUACAAACAGACAGAAAUACACCCAGAGCUUUGACAUUGCCGAUCAUGUUCGUCAAUGUGCAUGAUGUAUGGUGAAUGUUGAGAGAUUCUGUUUGACGUGACCCCAGGCUCUGGAGGCAGUGAAUACUCGGCUGAGGGAGCUGUACCCUGAGAGUGAGGAGCUCUUUGACGUUGUGCUCAUGACCAACAGCCACGCACACGUCGGUCUCCGACUCAUAAACACAAUCAACCACCAUCGUGAGUGCCUAAUCACACACACAGACACACAUGCAUAAACACGUGCACACAUGUGCACAACCUGGCCAUUGUGCUGUGAAUGAGGACAUCUUUCAUUCAAAUUCAGUGUGAUGCCCUGAUAUUAGGUUGGGCUUAAGGGUACCAGGAGAUGAGGGCUGGUCUGAUGCACUGAUGAUGAAGUUUGAGUUCAUUUAUUCUUGCUCACAGAUAAAACUGAAGAAGUGCAGAACUGACAUUACUAAUAAUUGCAAAACACUAAUUUAAAAUACAUAAUACGUGACAUAAAUAGAAUACAGAACACUUGAAACAUCACAGACAUUUUUCAUGAUGGAAAUUUAAAUGUUAAAAUGUGAUUGUAAAAAAAAGAAUCUUUGGGAAAACCAUUGAAGAACUAGAGUCUGACAGCAGUGGGUAGAGUGGCGUUUCGCAGGCGGUUCGUACGGGCAGUUAUAUAGUGUAACCAACUUCACAUAUCCCCCCAGAAGAAAGGCACACGGACACCCACACUUCAGGUUGACUCGGUUUUUAUCUGCAGUAAAAUUUAUCAAACAGUGAUGACAGGCAUUGACAGGACGGUCACAGCCACACGUUCACUGCUCUCAGAAUAUCUCUCUCAGACUGAAUCCACAAAGUGAUCGUAUAGUAUACAUGCGUUGUGUUUAGAAAAUAACAAAAAUACAGAAAAGCAUACCUGCAGUAAAAGAUAUCAAACAGUGAUGACAGGCAUUGACAGGACGGUCACAGCCACACGUUCACUGGUUAGGUAGUGUAGCUCCUCCAGUGAUUGCUGCUUAUCACACAGAGGUGCUAAACAUCCUUCUUCUUUGUAAGUAUGCACUUAAACACGAUAACAGUGGAAAAAUAAUUCGCUUUUUGCGGUAAAGUUUCCUCGGUGCGUCGCUAAAGGCGCUUGGGUGACAACACUCGGGCGGAACCAAUAAUUAGUUCCGUCUUGCUGUAAACGUACAAUUCAGAACAAAUUAAAUAAUAAAAAGUGCAAAUACAUUAAAUAAAAAGUGCUAAUACAUGAAAUAAACUGGCGACAGAGGCAGUUACACUCCCACCAAAUCACAAGUGAUUUCUUAAAACUUGGAGACAAACCUACUGCAUUAAUAAAUUAAAUGAAACUCUGUCCUAAUAAACAACUAAUAAACUGUGUGUGAGUGUAUGAUAGAACCAUCAGUCUGCUUCUAGCAAUGUAACUGUUGUCACGAUCGUCUAGUAGCGAAGUAGACCAAGGCGCAGCGUGUGAAAGAAACAUGACCUUAUUAUAUUAAAGUACUGAACAAAACAAAACACGAUCGUGAAGUCCACAGUAACACUGACUGAACACGGAACAAAAACCCACAACCCCAAGGUGAAAACAGACAGUAUAAAUAUGGCUCCCAAUCAGAGAUAACGAGCCAACAGCUGACACUCGUUACCUCUGAUUGGGAGUCACUCAUUCAAACAAAGAAAUACAACCACAUAGAACAACCCAACCAAACAGAACACCACGAAACGAACACACCCUGGCUCAACAUACAAAGUCCCGGAGCCAGAGCGUGACAGUACCCCCCCCUAAAGGCGCGGACUGCGACCGCGCCUCAAAACCCCAAAACAGGGGAGGGCUGGGUGGGUAUUUCUCCUCGGAGGCGGCUCCGGCUCCGGGCUUGACCACCACCCUUCCACAAUCCCCCCGUAGCGCCCCCGGUCCGGUCUGACCCCGCUGGCUGGAUCUGGACCGGACAUAGACGGAGCGGAUUGCUCAAACUCCGUAGUGGAGUAGCUGACCUGAUCAGGCACCGGACUGACGACGCGCACCCCUGGCUUGGCGCGUGAGGCAGGCACGGACCGGACCUGGCUGACGAUACGCACCCUUGGCUUGGUGCGUGGAGCCGGAACGGACCUCACCAGGCUGACGACUCGCAUCCUUGGCUUGGUGCGAGUAGCAGGAAUGAGCUGGACCAGGCCGACGACGCACCCCGUAGGCUUGGUGCGUGGAGCAGGAACAGGCCGGGCUGGGCUGGCGAUGCACACCGUAGGCUUAGUGCGUGGAGCAGGAACAGGCCGGGCAGGGCUGGCGACGCACACCGUAGGUUUGGUGCGUGGAGCAGGAACAGGCCGGGCAGGGCUGGCGACGCACACCGUAGGUUUGGUGCGUGGAGCAGGGACAGGCCGGGCCAGGCUGACGACGCACCGCGUAGGCUUGGUGCGUGGAGCAGGAACAGGCCGGGCUGGGCUGGCGACGCACACCGUAGGUUUGGUGCGUGGAGCAGGGACAGGCCGGGCCGGGCUGACGACGCACCCCGUAGGUUUGGUGCGUGGAGCAGGGACAGGCCGGGCCGGGCUGACGACGCACCCCGUAGGCUUGGUGCGUGGAGCAGGGACAGGCCGAACAGGGCUGGCAACGCACACCGUAGGCUUCGUGCGUGGAGCAGGAACAGGCCGGGCAGGGCUGUCGACGCACACCGUAGACUUGGUGCGUGGAGCAGGAACAGGCCGGGCAGGGCUGUCGACGCACACCGUAGACUUGGUGCGUGGAGCAGGAACAGGCCGGGCAGGACUGUCGACGCACACCGUAGACUUGGUGCGUGGAGCAGGAACAGGCCGGGCAGGGCUGUCGACGCACACCGUAGACUUGGUGCGAGGAGCAGGAACGGGCCGGGCAGGGCUGGCGACGCACACCGUAGGUUUGAUGCGUGGAGCAGGGACAGGCCGGACCGUACUGGGAACACACACCACUGGCUUUAAACGGGGAUCAGGAACGGGCCGGACCGGACUGGCAAUACCCCUCAGUCCCUCUCGCCGUGCCUCUACGACUUCCUUCCCUCCUCUCGCCAAUGGCUCCCGUAACCCGGUGGCCUUCUCUCCUCUUCUCCUAUUUCGCCCUGUGGCAGCCUCCUGCUGCCCAGUCGCCCAUGCCGUGUGCCCCCCCCUAAAAAAUUAUUGGGGAUGCCUCUCGUCCGUCCGACGAUGGCACUGCUGACGCCGCUGCUCCUCUCUCGCCAGGGCCUUGAUCCUACCCCAAGGUCCCUUGCCCCCGAGCAUGUCCUCCCAGGACCACACUUUGCCCACCUGGGCCAUCGCCAGCCUCUCCAUCUCCUUUCCUGGCGCUUCCUCCCAUGACCAGGCUGCCUGCUCCUGGACACGCUGCUUGGUCUUUGUAUGGUGGGUUUUUCUGUCACGAUCGUCUAGUAGCGAAGUAGACCAAGGCGCAGCGUGUGAAAGAAACAUGACCUUAUUAUAUUAAAGUACUGAACAAAACAAAACACGAUCGUGAAGUCCACAGUAACACUGACUGAACACGGAACAAAAACCCACAACCCCAAGGUGAAAACAGACAGUAUAAAUAUGGCUCCCAAUCAGAGACAACGAGCCAACAGCUGACACUCGUUACCUCUGAUUGGGAGUCACUCAUUCAAACAAAGAAAUACAACCACAUAGAACAACCCAACCAAACAGAACACCACGAAACGAACACACCCUGGCUCAACAUACAAAGUCCCGGAGCCAGAGCGUGACAACUGUUUUCUGAAUGGGUCUCUCCAGGUAAACAGGUUUGGCUGUACGCUUUCCUCUUCCAUCCAGGGAGGAGUCACUGAUGAGUAACUUGAGUCUCCUCACUCUUUCAUCACUUCCAGGAUACACCUCGAUGACUCUUGCUAGCUUCCAUUGGUUUCGUGGUGUGGCAGCAUCUUGUAACAGAACAAUGUCACCGACCUUCGCAUUUCUGCGAUCUUUGGUCCACUUCUGUCUGUGUUGGAGAUUCAGGAGAUACUCUUUUUUCCAUCGUACCCAAAAGUUGUUGGUUAAGAGUUGAACUCUGCGCCAUCUUUUGCGGAGGUAGAGAUCCUCUUUGACAAACUUUCCAGGAGGAGGGAGAAUGAUUGUGGAUUUCAUGGUCAAGAUGUGGUUUGGUGUCAAGGGCUCUGGACUGGGAGAAUCGUUCAGAUGAUCAGUGGUUAGAGGUCUGCUAUUCACAACCGCCAUAACCUCAUAUAGAAAUGUUCGUAGGGAAGAGGAGUCAAGUUGUCUGGACGACUGUUCUAGAAUGGACGCCAGGACGCUUCUGAUAGUGCGGAUUUGUCUUUCCCAGACUCCACCCAUAUGACUUGAGGCAGGGGUGUUCAUGAUGAACUCGCAGCCCAAAUCUUUGAGCUCUUCUUGAUCCAUCUCUUUCAGUGCUUCAAUGAACUCACGCCUUGCUCCGACAAAGUUUGUCCCUUGAUCACACCUUAUCUGCCUUACUGAUCCACGAAUGGCGAUGAAUGAACGCAGAGCAUUGAUAAAGGCAUCUGAGGUCAAGUCAUCAAGUGCUUCAAUGUGAACUCCCCUUGAACACAUGCAGGUGAGCAACAGCCCAUAACGCUUUAGCUCCUUUCUUCCUUCCUUAAUGUAAAAUGGUCCGAAGCAGUCCAUUCCACAGUAAGUGAAUGGAGCAGUUGUUUCCAUCCGCUCUUCUGGAAGGUCUGCCAUCCUUUGUUGCCCUGUGCAUCUUCGGAACCUUCUGCAACUUGUGCACUUGUGAAUAUGGGAUGAAACAAGCUUGCUGCAACCCAGGAUCCAUAUGCCAUUGGAUCGGAGUUCAUUUAUAGUCAUUCCUCGACCUUGAUGGUACACUCUCUCAUGAUAGUGCUUGACGAGCAAUGCAGAAACAUGACUGUCUCUAGGAAGUACUGCUGGAUGCCUCACAUGUGGAUGUAGGGCAGCAUUAGCUAAGCGGCCUCCUACUCUGAUUACACCUUGAUCAUCCAGGAACGGACAUAGUUUGUGCAACUGGUUGGCUUUGUCUUUGACCUUUGUCUCCUUAUGAUGUCUAAGGCGUUGAAUUUCUUGAGAGAGAGUUGCUUCCUGGACCAUCUUGAUUAUGGUCAGCUCCGCCUCUUUCCUUUCCUCCAAGUUCGAGGCCUCACAGGACUUUGGCUUGAGACCUUUGAUUUCCUUAGCACGGCGCUUGAGUCUGGCAACAGCCUUCACCAUUCUUGCCCAGUCUGAGAACUUGUGUAGACGAUCUAAAAUUGUUUUUGCUUCUUCUGCCUGAGUGUCAUGAACCUGAGCUUUCUUGACCUCUGGGUCACUGCUCUCGAUCUCUCCCACCAUGACAACUCCAGUUGGUAGCUCUUUUUGCCAAAGAAGGUCUGGACCUGUGAACCAGUUAGAAGCUGUGAGUUGUUCUGCUGUGACACCCCUUGAGGCGUGGUCAGCUGGGUUGUCUUCUGAAGCUACAUAUCUCCAUUGUCUGGCCUCUGUACUUAGGUGCACUUCGUUUGGGAGAUUUGGAAGAACUGAUGUCACUUGCUUCACAAUGACUUGAUGGCUUAUUCCAAAGGCAUCUCCAAAGUCAAGACAUGGGUUGCCAUAGCCGACUACACUCCAACCCAAGUCUGUUCUCUGAGCAAAGGGCUCAUUUUCUUCUCCAGCAACCACUUGUCUUGGUACAAGAGCUUGAGGACAGUUGUAGCCAAUUAGUAGGCCGAUGUCACAGCUCUGCAGAGGAGCAAUUUCAUUGAAUUGGCAGUCUCUGGUGUGGGAAUAUGAUCUCUGUUUGCAGGGAUGAAUUCUCUUGAGUAAGUAACUGGCAGGUAGAUUAUCUUAUCGGAGUAGAAUCCUCUUAUUUGUAGAUCAGUCAGCCUUCUGCUAGGCACCACUGUAUUUCUUGAAGCCAUUGUGGAGAGCUUUAACUGGACUGGUUCAUUUUUAGUGUGAAGCAUCUUUGCUGUCUCUUCAAGGAUGAAGGUCGUGUCACUCUGUGUAUCGAGAAGAGCAUACACAAGGACUUCAUGAUUUGGCUUACUUGUAGUGGACAACCACACAGGAAUGACUGAGGAUGUAUGGGUGCCUUUAACAUUCUGGAUAACUCUGUUAGAUGUUACCUCGCGUGGUGGUUUUGUCACCCUCUCUUGUGAACGAUCUGUCGUUCCUUCUUUUGACUUGUCACUCUCCAUUUCUCCAUCAGUCCUUGUUGACAUUCCUCUUUCUUUGCUGCGAUUAUCGUGUAGGCAGGUUGGAUGUCCUUUCUCACAAGUAUCACAGAUCCUUCUAUUUUCACACUCCUUUGAGCGAUGGCCAGGCUUCAGACAGCCAAAGCACAACUUCAUCCCUUGAACAAACUUGACUCGCUCAGAGAUGGUUUUAUUCAUAAAUUUCCAACACUUGUGUAGACUGUGACCUGACUUCUCACAAAAAACACAGCUUGUGGAGGAAGCUUUUUCAUCUGAGUUAGUUGCUAGUACCUUUGCUCCGAGAGCUCUGUUCUUUAAAACCUUGAUCUGCUCACCUUCAGCAGGUUUCAGAGCAUGGAGAGAUGUUAUUGGGUUAUUAGCAAUCUUAGCUUCACGUGUGAGAAACUUUACAAACUGCUGGAAGCUUGGGAAUGUUUGACUUUCUUCCUCCACUUCUAUGACCUUUCUGUUCCAUCUCGAGGUCAGCCAGUCUGGAAGCUUUGCAAGUAACUUCUGGUUCUCAUUGCAGUCAUUAAGUACUUCGAGGCCUCUGAUCUGAGUCAUAGCAGCCUCACAGCUCCGAAGAAAAUCAGCAAACUCUUGAAGUUCGAUACUGCCUUUGGAGCUUAUCUUGGGCCAUGCCUCCAGCUUAUCUCUGAAUGCUUUGGCUAUGAGGAAUGGAUUUCCAUAUCUUUCCUCGAGAAUCCUCCAUGCUGCGUGAUAGGCUGACUCUGAACCAAGCAGGAAGUAGCUCUCUAUAGCCUUUUUAGCAGGUCCACCCACAUACUUUCGCAAGUAAUAUAUCUUUUCUUCGGCUGGAAUGUUUUUCCGAUCAAUGAGUGUCUGAAAUGAAACCUUCCAGUCAUUGAAUCUGAGUGGGUCGCCAUUGAAUAUUGUUGGUUCAGGUAUAGGAAGACGACCUGCACUGAUGGACUCUGCAAGUGCUCUAACAAGAGCUGCUGUGCUGUCAUCCUGCUUUGAAUGUGCCCGGUCUUGUGGUGAAGAAUGGUGCUGCAACAGAUUAUUUUCAUGUUUAACUUCUUCCUUUUCCUUCAUACAGACACUUUGAUGGAGUAGACUGCUUAUUUCUUUAUCUGAGCACUCACUCUGAUCAUACACUCGCUGACGUGCCUUAGCAGCCUUUAACUUUUUAACUGUCUCUAGUCGCUCCAGUUGUCUCCGCUUUGCAUCUAGCACCUUUUGUCUCUCUGCAGCUUCAGCUUCAAGCCUUUCCAAUUCCUCAAUGCAACACUCUUGUUCUAGUAGUACUUCUAGAGUAGCUUCAUUGGCAGCAACUUCAGCAGCGGCAUCUUGUCUGCUAACAGAAAUCCGACUUCAAUGUCUGGAGCUGCUUUGAGCAUGAGAGGACUUAGUGCAUUGGGAUUUGAUACUUAUCUUGUCUGAGGCUACAGACUUGAAUAUAGACGAUGUCGCCCUGUUGCCUCGUUGUUCAUCUCCUCCACCGUUAUCUGCUGUCUCCAAACGAUCUUUUGCAGUUUGGAUGAUCUUCCUGGUUACUGCAUCACAGGUGUCAAUUCUGCGACGUGUGUCAUGGUCAGGGUUGUCUAUGCGCCUUACCUCAUCAUAAGCAAUGUUCAGAUUCUCUGAGGCAGCACUUAUUUUGCUUAUGUGUUCAUGUAGCAGGUUGUUUGAGCAUUGUCCACUCAAAGCUUGCUUGGCGUCUUUAGCAAUAGCCUUCCACUCCUCAUAGCUCACAGUGAAACGGUGAGCAAAUCUUCUUAUUUGCUCAUUGUACAGUUCUUGGCCCUUUUCUGUUAACUUUCGGUCUCUUUGGCUUCUUCGUGGUUCUUGUGAGGAAGUGUGGUCAUUAGCUCUUGUGCCUUUAGUAGCCUGUGGUUGCAUGUCUAUGCACUGCUGCUCUAUACUUUCACCUACAUUAACCUGCUUUCUCCCAGAGGUAAGACUAGGCUCUGACAUUGUUACUUGGUGUACUGUGAUUCAGCUCCCAUUAGCUAUUCACAUUUAUACUAUUUUUACCACUAAUAUUAUUUUUUAGAACAUAUUCACAUCUACUUCACACAAAUCAAUAUCACGUUGUUCUAUGAAAUGCAAAAUUCAGUCUCUUGGUUGUAGCUUAGUUAACACUUAAACAUACACACAACUAUACCGUAUGAAUAUGAAGGCAAAAAUGUGUCAGUCUCUUGUGGGAAAUAGUUUAAGCUUCUUUGCAUCGGCUGGAUUCAUGGUAAGGCGCCUGGAUUCUUCUGUGGAUGCUGCGGCUGUGUAAAUGUCAGGAGCAGAUGCACACUCUUGGAUGUAGAGAUGUCCCUUCUUGUCACGGCUCUUUGGUACUGUCUUCCUCGUCUACUCAUGCAGAGCAGAUGAGUUCUCACUGUAGCUCCUCCAGUGACAGGCAUGAGGCAAGAGGUCUUGAUUUGAAUACAGGGCUUUAAUGCUGGUCAACCCUUGAGAACUCGUUUAAAGAAAGAAAAAAUACAUUAACAAAAUAAUGCCAUAUGCAUGUCUCACACAUCUGGCGUUAUAAUCAAGCUCAUACAGCUAGACACUUUAUGUAUAUUUUACACCAAAAAAUGAUGCACGUAAACACAAACACCCUCAUAGCAAAAUAAAUAGUCAACAAACCUCAUUGCUGCUUAUCACACAGAGGUGCUAAACAUCCUUUUAAAUGUCCUUUAUCUUCUUCUGUAUACUUUCUUUGUAAGUAUGCACUUAAACACGAUUAAAGUAAAGUUUCCUCGGUGCGUCGCUAAAGGCGCUUGGGUGACAACACUCGGGCGGAACCAAUAAUUAGUUCCGUCUUGCUGUAAACGUACAAUUCAGAACAAAUUAAAUAAUAAAAAGUGCUAAUACAUGAAAUAAACUGGCGACAGAGGCAGUUACAGGUAGGACACAAGAUAUAUUUUAGAUAGGAGCAACAGUAGUGAUGCAUUCCCUCAAUGUGAAGUAAUAUUAAUCCAUAAAUACAGAGCACAAGUACAACCAUUUUAUAUAAACCUUUUAAGGUAGUAAGAAAAUAAACAUUCACUUAAUUUCAAUAAGUCACCUGCUAGCAAAUCACCUGCUGGCAAUAGCUAGCGUGACGUUGUAGUGCAGUGACCAUCGGUGCUAGUUAGCUCAUCAUUAACAUGGCUAGCUAAGCCAGCAAAAACUUGGUUAACUUGCUGAAAUAGGUCUUCAAUACAUUAACGGCAAAAUAAAUAUAUACAUAGCCACAUUUGCUAUUGACUUUAGGAUAUAUGAACCAGUUUUCCAAAAACACUUGUUAUACAGUUUUAAACAGUUUUUUAUAUACAGAGGAAGGAGACACAAACCUGCUCUCAGAAUAUCUCUCUCAGACUGAGGAGCAGGCAGACCAACUUCCCAAAUAGGGGAGAAGCACUCAAAACCCACUAGUUUUUCUUUCAAAAGAAAAUAGUACAAAAAAUGGUAAGUCCGAAGACCUCUCGUAUUACCAACCUUACUACAAUGGCAGCAAAUAUUUUUAUGAAUUCAGUAACACAAAAUUAAAGGAAACUUUAUUUAUAUCACCCCUUUUCCUGAAGUGAAUGGUUUCACCCACUACUCUACCGCGAACUGCGCCGUUCUUUGACGUCUACAUUGCGCGCGAGGUUGAUGGAAACUCUACAUUUUCACUUUGUUACAAUAGCACAGUUCGUAUUUGUGUCUCAGGAGCCUGGUGGUGCAGUUACCUCUUUUUGGAGGGAGCAGGUUGUUCAGUGGAUGGUCAAGAGAGUGCAUGUCCUUCACCAGGUGCACUGCAGCCUGCUCUCGCCUGCUCUGCAGUGACGGGAGCUGUGGUUGGACUGCUCCACCUCUGGAGAUGAUCCUCAAGGCCCUCCUCUGCACCCUGUCUAGUUGGGCCUGCUGCUUUUUACUGCAUCCAACUAACAGCACUCCACCGUAUUCCAGACAAGACCAGACCAGUGUAGGGUAUACUCUGACCAGAUCUUCAGUGGGUAGGCCAUUUCUGGUAAGAACAGUCAAAAAGGGCAUGCGUUAUGAGAACUUCCUCACUGACUGCUCCACGUGUGUGUCACCACUGAGGUUAGAGUCUAGAUGAAAACCAAGAUACUUGGUUGUUGUUACCACUGGUACUUCCUGUACUCCUAGGAUUAGUGGUGCAGGUUGUGGAUGGUCUCUAGAAAAACAUAUCCGAAUUUCCACAGACUUUUUCCCAUUCAGGAGCAUGUUGUUGGAUGUGGCCCGCUCUUCCAGCUGCUUUGCCUUCAAGCCCAUGGAACUGUCCUCUUGGAUGCUGGUUAAUGGUAUGACUCGGAACAGCCCUACAUUAUCUGCAUACCCAGUGUCCAGAGUGUCACUGAAGACAACUUUUCGGGUGGACAUGUGACGGAGAAACAGAUAUGGUGAAACCCCGCCCCUUUGUGGCACACCAGAGGUGACCUCUGACCAAGGGCUAAAUGUGCCAUUUUCCAUCACCCUCUGCCUUCUUCCGGUGGUGUAGCUGUGGAGCCAGGCUAGUAACCUUGGACACAGUUCAAUGUCAGACAGAUGUUGCAGGAGCUUUGUGUGAUCUACUCGAUCAAAGGCUUUGGACAUAUCAGCAAGUAACACCUUCACCAUUGUUGGUUUUCUGGAGUCUGUAGCUGUCAGCCAGGAGUGUGUGGCUUUCACAAGGGCGGUAGUAGUGCAGAACUUUGGGAGAUAGGCAUACUGAUUCGUGCACUUUUUUUAUGAUGAAGCUCUCCUGGAUUUUUCCAAGGAAUGAAGUUAGAGAGAUGGGCCUCCAGUCACUCUUUGUACAUGGGUUGACACUUUAGGUAUGGGACACAUAUUGGCAAUCUUCCAGGCAACAGGGACAGUACCCUGCCAGUAGGAGGUGUUAACAAUGUGUGUGAUGACAGAUGCUAGAUCUUCUUCAUGCUCUUUUAGUAGCCAGGCUGGAAUGCCAUCAGGCCCACUCGCUUUACGUGGGCUGAGUCAGGUCAGAGCUUGCUUUAUCUGGCCAAUGCUGCACAGCUCAACCUGCCUUAUAGGCAUGGGCAAGGGGAAGAUGGCAAGAGGUGUGGUGCUUGCCCAUGCCUCAGCAAAUAAGCCAUUGAAAACAUCAGUCACAUCGUCGUCUUCAAUUUCCUCGACCCGUAUUCUCCCUCAAAUGUUGUUUUCUUUCGUCCCAGUCCUUUGUUAAUGAAGUCCCACCAUUCCUUUGGGUUUUUCUUCUUUAGGUCCUGGAUUUCAGUUUUGUAGUAGUUUGUCCUUGAUACGCAUUUGCACUGUGUUUCUGUAUUCUCUCCAUUUCAUUGUUUUCCCCCAUCUGUUGAAAAUCUGUCUUUUCCUGAUGGCAGCCUUUAUUUGUUCAGUCAUCCAGGGCUUGUCCAGUGUUGUUGUUUUCUUAUUGGCAUGCAUACAUCAAGUGCAGUUUGAAUGCAGGAGUUGAACAUCUACCCCUUUGCAUCGAUGAUCUCCACCUCAUAUAUGGCAGACCAGUCAGUACAUCGUGCCAAGGCCUCCUUUCUGUUCUGGGAUACCAGAUGUCCUUUUUUCCCGCUGCACCACGCUUCUCCCUCCUGAUGUUGUAUUUGGCAAGAACAGCAGACAUUUUUGAUCACUGGAGCCGAGAGGAGUGAUUCUUCAGAUUUGUAAUGAUCAGAUCUAGGAUGGAGUACCCUCUGGUCUUGUCUUUGACCACUUGUUUCAUAUCUGGAUAGGAGUUUGGCAAUAUCUUGAUCGACAGGUGAUUAAAGUCUCCACACAGGAUGAAACCCAUUUGGGGAGAGGACAUCCUGAUCACAUGGACAGUGUUUAUGAGAUAAUCCACAGUGUUCUGCUGAAGUGUUUUCUCAUUUGCCCAUGGUGGAUGGUAGAGUACUCACACUACCAGAGUUUAAACUGAGCUGGGGAGUCAUUUAGGACGAAGCUGAAGCCACACACACUCAAACUCCUCUUUCUCUAGGUCUUCUCUUUGCCUGCAUACUGUGAUUCACAUACAUAGCUACGCCCCCUCCUAUCAUCCCCUCUCUCGACCUGUCAUUUCUGAACAGCUCAUAGUCUUGUAUGAAAAGAGAUUCAUCUGGGAUAUUUUCGUGGGCCCAUGUUUCAGUGACACAUCCAAUGUCUGCAUUUACUGAUUGAAGACGCAGUUCAAAUGCAUCCACUUUGUUUAUCAAUGAUCUUGAAUUACAAACAAGCACAUUCGGAGUCUCUGGGGCAUUUUUUGGUGUAUUUGCGACAUCACAUAAUUCAGUUAGAAUUAUGAGCGUGAGCGAUUGUGUUUUCAAUGUAUUUUAGGUCUGUUACCUUCUAUUGUCAGUAUUUUCUUCCUUCUGCCCUUACCAGCUGUAGUCCCUCUCACCCGGCUUCUUGCACGCAUUAUCCCGAAGCACAAACGUUUGUCUGACUCGGAUAUGCGGUACUAGUGGAGGUGCAUGUUUUUUGUAAAUCCGUAGAAAAUGCGAUGAGUAUUCCAAAACGUUUGUACAAUCCAUUGUUAUCAGAGCCAUGGUUAAUCCGUUAAAAGAGCAGGAAAAGUAUGCAGUGCGACAAAAACACAACUAUAAAAUACAAACAUUUCAAACAUUGUAACGUUACUCUCGAGCUGAUGAUGGUGCUCUGGGUGCUCCACACAGCUAAUCAUUCCCAUUUCCACACAGCCUGUAUGACCCUGUGGCCCUCAGAACACAUGCCUGCUUAAAACCUCACCAAAAUAACUUCAGCUGUGUGGGUCCUUAUGUCCAAAUGCAUCAUCAUGAUGAUGUGGCUGGUGACAUUUCAAGGUUACUUUCUAAAUGUAAUCUCUUACAGUUACUAGUUACCUGUCCAAAAUUGUAAUCUGUAACGUAACUUUUGGAUUACCCAAACGUAUGGAUUUGGAUUACCCAAAUCUGAUUGCUUUCAGUGACUUUUAGAUUACUUUCCCUUUAAGAGGCGCAGAUUAGUAGCUGGCACAGCCACAAAAUCUGAUUUCAAAUCUAACCUUAACCCUAACCACACUGCUAACCCUAAUGCCUAACCCUAUCCUUAAAUUAAGAACAAAAAGCUAAUUUCUGUUUUCAUAAAUUUUUGCAAUAUAGCCAUUUUUGACUUUGCAGGCGGCCCAUCUAUCGGAAAUCGCACAGUUUUGCCUCAAGGACAAGACUCUUCCCAAUAAACAUCAACCUGCUUAAAAGGCAUUAGAAGAAGACAAAAAUGAAUAUUACCAAUUGAACAACAUCUAUUGCAGGAUAAAUCUAUGUUAGAGUUUACAUAGUUGGCCAUAAAUGGAUGUUGCAUUUUACUUCAUGGUUUGGUUAUGUAGGCUUCUUCUAAACCAUUGCUUUCUACUACAGAUAAUAAUACGAUUAGGCUAUAUCUUUAUAUUUAAAAAAGAGUCUGUCAGAUUUCCAGUCAUUCCAAUUAAUUGAAUACCCCCUGAUCUUCAAUAAUAGGACUUAGAAAUAUGGAAAUAUAGAUUAGCCAGAUUGUUUUAUCUGAGCAUAACCUCAAAACUAAAGACUAAUUAGCCUAAUCCGUUUUUAUUUUUUAUUUUUUUGUCUAGAAGGACUGAUUGGGGUCAUUGCUUCGAUUUGAAAAAAAAGUGCUGCUCUCGGAAUGGCAUGCUUUGAGCACUACCGGAAUGUGCUACUUGCAUGUGAAAAAUUAGAUGGUAAUGUUCUAUUAAGAAAAUAAAAGCCCCAUUCAUGGUCUUCUUAAAUUAUACUAGUUUUUGACCUUAUGGAGCACAAUACCACAGCGGGGUUUAGAAGGGAGAAACUCAAACUUUUAUUCCAUAGGCUGGGAUCCGCACUAUGCAGCUGUUGCAUGAGUGCAUUUUUCACUGACUGUCCACUGGCGCGUAUUAAUUUCUCCAAUUCUGUUGCAAAAUGUUUCUUAAACAGAAGCAAACGGAACAACUGGGAGGGACCUACUUGAAUUUGUCCAAUAGAAACUCUCGUUUUGCUCUGUUAGUUUCCGUUUGGUUCUUAAAAGGUAUACGGUUUCUGUAAUGAAUACACCCCAUGUCACAAAUACAAUGAUUGAUAGGCAGCUUAAACUUCUUCAAUUCAACCAUUAUUGGGUUAAAAUACACAUACAUUUGUGAACAGCCAUCCACAACAACCACAAUCUGUAAGGCACAAAUAUAUGAGAGGGCAGUAGUGUGAUUCACAUUAAUGCGCUAUGUAGCCUAGAUAUCAAUAAUAAGUUAAAUCCGUAUCGCCCGUAGCAGUGGCGAUUUUAGCUUGUAAAUCUUGGUGGGGCAAACUCACAAAUGUUUUGGGGAUGCAUGCCAGCAAAGCCACUACACAACACUAAACAAUAUAUAAAUUGCACUAUGACGGUGACAAAUGGUACCCACAAACUGUUAGGGCCAUUAAACCCCUACAACUCAUCCAGAAUGCCGCAGCCCGUCUGGUGUUCAACCUUCCCAAGUUUUCUCACGUCACCCCCCUUCUCCACACACUCCACUGGCUUCCAGUUGAAGCUCGCAUCCGCUACAAGACCAUGGUGCUUGCCUAUGGAGCAGUGAGGGGAACGGCACCUCUGUACCUUCGGGCUUUGAUCAGUCCCUACACCCAAACGAGGGCAUUGCGUUCAUCCACCUCUGGCCUGCUGGCUCCCCUUCCUCUGCGGAAGCAUAGUUCCCGCUCAGCCCAGUCAAAACUGUUCGCUGCUCUGGCACCCCAAUGGUGGAAGAAGCUCCCUCACGACGCCAGGACAGCGGAGUCACUCACCACCUUCCGGAGACAUUUGAAACCCCACCUCUUUAAGGAAUACCUGGGAUAGGAUAAAGUAAUCCUUCUACCCCCCCCCCCCCCCCCCCCAAAAUUGUAAAGUGGUUAUCCCACUGCCUAUAGGGUGAAUGCACCAAUUUGUGAGUCGCUCUGUUUAAGAGCGUCUGCUAAAUGACGUAAAUGUGCCCUUGAGCAAGGCACUUAACCCUAAUUGCUCCUGUAAGUCGCUCUGGAUAAGAGCGUCUGCUAAAUGACUAAAAUGUAAAUGUAAUGUACAUAAAGCUUUCCCAACAGCAGAGCUUUCUUUUCAGCACCAUGGAGUGAAUCCUUAGCUACACCUGGCUAUCAGUGGAGCCUUGUCUGGCAGCGAAACAGUUCAUUCAUUUACUGCCUUUUUAAAAAACAUAGCUGAUAUGACUGACUUGCUUAAACAAAUGUGGUUUCUACUGACAAUUGAGAUGUGCAAACUAUGGCAUAAGGGAACAACGAGAGGAUAAGAUGCAAUCCGUAAUUUCGAUUAAGAAAUUAAUGAGCGAGCUAGGACGGAUGUAGUCAAUAUAACUAUUUGUUCAGCACUUUUGAAAUGUACAGCGACAGAAUUCAGAACAUGGGCUAUACUUACAGUAUUCUCCCUGUACACCAAGUCAGAACCGUAGGAUAAAUAAAGGGGGCAUACAGUGGGGAAAAUAAGUAUUUAGUCAGCCACCAAUUGUGCAAGUUCUCCCACUUAAAAAGAUGAGAGAGGCCUGUAAUUUUCACCAUAGGUACACGUCAACUAUGACAGACAAAUUGAGGAAAAAAAAUCCAGAAAAUCACAUUGUAGGAUUUUUAAUGAAUUUAUUUGCAAAUUAUGGUGGAAAAUAAGUAUUUGGUCACCUACAAACAAAAAAGAUUUCUGGCUCUCACAGACCUGUAACUUCUUCUUUAAGAGGCUCCUCUAUCCUCCACUCGUUACCUGUAUUAAUGGCACCUGUUUGAACUUGUUAUCGGUAUAAAAGACACCUGUCCACAACCUCAAACAGUCACACUCCAAACUCCACUAUGGCCAAGACCAAAGAGCUGUCAAAGGACACCAGAGACAAAAUUGUAGACCUGCACCAGGCUGGGAAGACUGAAUCUGCAAUAGGUAAGCAGCUUGGUUUGAAGAAAUCAACUGUGGGAGCAAUUAUUAGGAAAUAGAAGACAUACAAGACCACUGAUAAUCUCCCUCGAUCUGGGGCUCCACGCAAGAUCUCACCCCGUGGGGUCAAAAUGAUCACAAGAACGGUGAGCAAAAAUCCCAGAACCACACGGGGGGACCUAGUGAAUGACCUGCAGAGAGCUGGGACCAAAGUAACAAAGCCUACCAUCAGUAACACACUACGCCGCCAGGGACUCAAAUCCUGCAGUGCCAGACGUGUCCCCCUGCUUAAGCCAGUACAUGUCCAGGCCCGUCUGAAGUUUGCUAGAGUGCAUUUGGAUGAUCCAGAAGAGGAUUGGGAGAAUGUCAUAUGGUCAGAUGAAACCAAAAUAGAACUUUUUGGUAAAAACUCAACUCGUCGUGUUUGGAGGACAAAGAAUGCUGAGUUGCAUCCAAAGAACACCAUACCUACUGUGAAGCAUGGGGGUGGAAACAUCAUGCUUUGGGGCUGUUUUUCUGCAAAGGGACCAGGACGACUGAUCCGUGUAAAGGAAAGAAUGAAUGGGGCCAUGUAUCGUGAGAUUUUGAGUGAAAACCUCCUUCCAUCAGCAAGGGCAUUGAAGAUGAAACGUGGCUGGGUCUUUCAGCAUGACAAUGAUCCCAAACACACCGCCCGGGCAAUGAAGGAGUGGCUUCGUAAGAAGCAUUUCAAGGUCCUGGAGUGGCCUAGCCAGUCUCCAGAUCUCAACCCCAUAGAAAAUCUUUGGAGGGAGUUGAAAGUCUGUGUUGCCCAGCGACAGCCCCAAAACAUCACUGCUCUAGAGGAGAUCUGCAUGGAGGAAUGGGCCAAAAUACCAGCAACAGUGUGUGAAAACCUUGUGAAGACUUACAGAAAACGUUUGACCUGUGUCAUUGCCAACAAAGGGUAUAUAACAAAGUAUUGAGAAACUUUUGUUAUUGACCAAAUACUUAUUUUCCACCAUAAUUUGCAAAUAAAUUCAUAAAAAAUCCUACAAUGUGAUUUUCUGGAUUUCUUUUCUCAUUUUUUCUGUCAUAGUUGACGUGUACCUAUGAUGAAAAUUACAGGUCUCUCUCAUCUUCUUAAGUGGGAGAACUUCACAAUUGGUGGCUGACUAAAUACUUUUUUCCCCCACUGUAUAAGCAGACAAUGAAAGCUCUUACAAUAUUCAAUGAUUACAUUUAUCUAAAACAGGCUGUAGGCUACAUAUGCACCACCAAGUCAGAACAGUAGACUAAGAUAUGAGGGGGAAAGGGACCAAAUUAUUACUACACAACAUACACUUAGUAUAACUUUCUUAGCUACAGUAUACAUAUCUCCCUGGCAUAUUACAACAUUUAUGCAGCAGCAUACAAUACAUUUUUGGACCUUGUUGUGCUGUGCUCACUUGAACAGGAAGGUGGCGCGGCGGUCCUUCGUGGCAAAUUUUGAAAUAAAAGUUUGUCAUCAAAGUCUGGUAUUCUCUGGAUGUAUGGUGCUUUCAAGACAACUGGGAACUCUGAAAAAAACAUGUUCGAAUCAUGACGUCAGUGAUCUUCAGGUCGGAGCUCUAGAAAGAGGCCAGAGUUCCCGACUUGGAAUUCAGAGUUUGAUGACCGUUCAAAACAUAUUUUCCCAGUCGGAGCUAAUUUUUCCCAGUUGUCUUGAACUCACUGAAGUCUGAGAUUUCCCAGUUCCGAGUUUCCAGUUGUUUUGAACGUGGCAGAAGUCAUGCUGGAUUGACAGCAUAGCCAAUGUAUUCAACCUUUUCUGGCCCAUGGCAUGUAAAUGAUUAUCCUUUUAAGCUUGGAAAAGAGACCCUUAAACCCAGACUUGGACCACACACUCACUCCACUGAAUAGCAGGCUAGUGAUUGCUUUGCAUUGCUUGCAGUUAGCCACUGAUUCCGUCCAAACCACUCAUUGUUGAAUUUGCGAUUUCCAACUUGUUGUGUAAUGUUUAUGUCAAAUGGCCGAUAAGCACCGAUACGUUUUAUCUAUAAUUUAUCUUCAUAUGAGAAGGAUUGAAAAGGAUUUGCCAGUAGAUUCUCAACUUGAUUCAUGAUGAUUCAUGAUGAUGACUGCUUGUCUAGCUUGCUAGCUAAGAUUUUGAAAGUAUGAUGUUGACAUGAUCAGUCCAAUCAAAGCUACGGUAGAUAUAAAGUGAUUUGACGUCAUUUUAUCUGAGGCCAAUGACCUUGAGCCUGGAUGGGCACUUCUAAUGUAAAUCUAUGGCAGCACCCAAGGGGCUUGAAUUUUUUAGAUCGCUCCGUAGAUUUUGCAGUGACGUAGUGUCCCCAUGAGUGACAGAACACUGAGCCAAUCACGGCACAACUGGAGAACAUUACCAACCCCUACGCUCUGUAUUUUCCGCUGGCUGGCCCACCACCACAGAAAGCACUGAGCUAGGCUGAAACGGCUGCAUUUUGGAGCUGUCUUACUCAAGAAAGCAAAAAAGAGACCAUGUUUGUAUACGACUUUAUUAACUCAAUGUUUUUUUUUUUUUUUUACAUUGUUUGCAAACUGAUAUUGACACGUAUUAAUGCCAAAAUGACAUGCAAAACAGGGCAAAAAUAUUGGGUUUAUUUUAAUUUUAAUAUUAUUAUUAUUAUUUUUAUUUUUUGCCCCACCUGCCCUGAAUAAUGUGUCGCCACUGGCCCUUAGGCUAUACUGCUGUCGUCCUUACCUCCAAGCGUUUAUUCAAGAUGGAUAAUCUUUGGAUGCCGACAGCAGUUGCACCAUUGGAAGACAUCGUUUGGACUGUAGCCUACAAAAGCUCCAGAUCCAUCAAACACAUUUGGUGUGUCAGGUAGCUUAGUGGUUAAGAGCGUUGUGCCAGUAACCGAAAGGUUGCUGGUUCUAAUCCCCGAGCCGACUAGGUGAAAAAUCUGUCGAUGUGCCCUUGAGCAAGGCACUUAACCCUAAUUGCUCAUGUAAGUCGCUCUGGAUAAGAGCGUCUGCUAAAUUACAAAAAUGUAAUGUCAUAGUGGUCUCUGAUUUGUGGUCAGACACGCUCAGGCGGAACAAACUUUUUUUUUAAACUUGCGCCUUUUUUCAAUGCUGAUUUGAAUGUCAUUGCGAAAACAGAAAGGUGUCAAAUCAUUUUUGCUCAAACAUCCUUUCUAAAAAGCAAUCCUAGAAGUUAAAAAAAAUAUUGUUUUUGAUUGGAUUUUCCUUUUAAGGUUAAGUGUGUGGCCUUCUGGGUUGGGGUCCAUUCCAUUUAAAUUCAGAAAGUAAACCAAUUUCCAAUUCCAAUUCCAAAUGGUCCUCAAUGAAAAGCAUUGAAGAUCAUUGAAAUUUCAGUGUACUUCCUGAAUUGACUGGAAUUUAAAUGGAAUUGACCCCAACCCAGGUGGCCGUGUUCGAAACCUGUCUUGCCUACUACUUACAAAAACUGCAUGCUGUGUACUAAUCAUACUACAUACUAUUUACAACGUACGGUUUAGUCCCCUUACCUCAUUAUCAGCUGACUAUCAGCUGUUGUCAAACCAACGUGAGUCUGGAAUGACGAUUCCUUUCCUCAAAACUGUGCAGUGAAUUCUAGAUGAAAAGCUGAAAUGAGUAUAACAUCCUGGCGUUUAAAGCAUACUCGAUUUUCGAAAUUUCACAUACUAUAAAAUGUUAUAUUUCAGCAUACCUAAAAUGCUUACUAUUUAGAAACCAAAUAUGGGUAUUCGGACACGGCCUGUGUGUGUGUGUGUGUGUGUGUGUGUGUGUGUGUGUGUGUGUGUGUGUGUGUGUGUGUGUGUGAGAGAGAGAGAGAGACCCUCCAACCCAAAAAGGCCUGUGGUGUUGAUGGUAUCCUCAAUGAAAUGAUAAAAUAUACAGACCACAAUUGGACCACAAAUUCCAAUUGGCUAUACUUAAACUCUUUAACAUCAUCCUUAGCUCUGGCAUCUUCCCCAAUAUUUGGAACCAAGGACUGAUCACGCCAAUCCACAAAAGUGGAGACAAAUUUGACCCCAAUAACUACCUGUGAUGGGUGAUUUGAAGGAGUCAGGCGCAGGAGGGUAAAUCACAGAAUACAGAGUUUAUUCCGGAAUACAGAGUUAUGCAGGAUAGCGUCAAACAGUCCAGUACGCAAAACAGGCGCACUGGAGCAUAACAGGCACACAGGGAAAAUAUACCCCGGCAAUACAAAAUACAUGUAGCUCAACCGAGCUACUCUCUCCUCACAUUAAACAAUCACCCACAAGGACAAGGGGGCAGAGGGAACACUUAUAAACGUACUAAUGAGGGGAUAUGAACCAGGUGUGUGUAAUAGACAAGACAAAACAAAUGGAAUGAUGAGAUAGGAUGCGGCAGUGGCUAGAAGGCCGGUGAUGACGAACGCCGAAGCCUGCCCGAACAAGGAGAGGAGGCAGCUUCGGAGGAAGUCGUGACAGUACCCCCCCCUUGACGCGCAGCUCCAGCAGCGCGCCGACACCGGCCUCGGGGACGGCCAGGAGGACGCGGAGCAGGGCGAGCCGGAUGGCGACGGUGGAAAUCCCGCAACAGGGAGGGAUCGAGGAUAUCCUUCACCGGGACCCAGCACCGUUCCUCCGGACCGUACCCCUCCCACUCCACGAGGUACUGAAGGCACCCCACCUGACGCCUCGAAUCUAGGAUGGAACGGACGGAGUACGCCGGGGCCCCCUCGAUGUCCAGAGGAGGCGCAGGGACUCUGUGACGUAUGUCUCCAUAGCCUCCUUUUCAGCCUGUGACAGGGGAAACACAUGACUCCUGGAGGCACAGCGUCUACCCAGAGGUUUAACCGCCCAAUGAGGUGGUAACUUGGUCGCCAGCAUUUUGGAAAACGCGUGCGCCAAAUCGAGGUAUUCGGGGGGAAUGCGCACGGUGGAGUUACUGUCUGGACUUUCCACCGUUGUUGCACCAACGGAAACACUGAGACACCUACCCUGACAGUCUCGCAACCACCCCGUGAGAACCCUCUGCGGCCAUGAGAAGGUGGGGUUGUGGAGUGCUAACCAAGGAAUACCUAAUACAACAGGGAAAGCAGGAGACUCAAUAAUACAAAAAAAGUGACUUGCUCGUGAUGAGUCUCGUGGGUAACCAUAGUGACUGGUGCUGUAACUUCCCUAACAAACCCGGAUCCUAAUGGUUGACUGUCAGGUGCUCUGAUGGGGAGUGGAAUAGAUAGGGGAACCAAUGAAAUGCCUAGACUGUGUGAGAAUGACCUGUCCAUAAAGUUCCCAGCUGCGCCUGAAUCGACUAGCGCCUUACACUGGGGAACUACAAUGUGAUUAGGAAAGUGGAUGGGUAGGGUACAGUGCGCAGCAGAGGGCUCUGAACGAGUGUGGGUGUUCGAUACCUGGGGUGACGCGAGAAUGUCCUGCCUGCCACCUCCGGACCCAAAAGAACGCUGACGACAUUGUGCGGUGAAAUGUCCUCUCGUGCCACCAGAGUGACACUGGCGCUGUCGUCCUCCGCUGUCUCGAAUCGCCGCUCCACCCAGCUCCAUCAGCUCAUGAUCCGAGUCGGGCGGGGUUGGAAUGGGCAGACCCCCUCCAGGAUGUCCUCGGGCCGCCAGCAGGUUGUCCAAGUGGAUGGCCAUGUCCACCAGUUAAGUGAAGUACAACAUGGUGUCCCGGCAGGCUAGCUCCCUUCGGAGGUCCUCCCGCAGAUGGCACCGGAAGUGGUCGAUGAGGGCCCGGUCAUUCUACCCGGACCCAGCUGCAAGAGUCCGGAACUCCAGGGCGAAGUCCUGCGCGGUCCUCGUCCCCUGCCUCAGGUGGACCAGCCGCUCGCCCGCCUCUCGACCCUCGGGCGGAUGAUCGAAGACAGCCCGAAAGAGGUGAGCGAACCCCCCCGUAGUUGUCCAACGCGGCUCCUCCUUCAUUCCAGACCACGUUGGCCCACUCCAGGGCUUUCCCCGAGAGGCAGGAGACGAGGGCGGACACCUUAUCCCGCUCCGAUGGGGCCGGGCUGAUGCUGGAAUAAUAGAGCUCCAGUUGGAGGAGGAAUCCUUGGCAGAGAGCAGCUGUCCCGUCGAAAUCCCUUGGUCAGGAUAUAUGGAUCCCUCUGGGUGCCUGGGUGUGGGUGGCUGGAUCCGGUCGCCCAGCUGGUCACGACAGAUCGGGUCCUCUCCUCUCCAGGCGUUGGAUGACCUGGAGAACCCGAUUGGUGGGUGAUUCUGUGAUGGGUGAUUUGAAGGAGUCAGGCGCAGGAGGGUAAAUCACAGAAUACAGAGUUUAUUCCGGAAUACAGAGUUACGCAGGAUAGCGUCAAACAGGCACACAGGGAAAAUAUACCCCGGCAAUACAAAAUACAUGUAGCUCAACCGAGCUACUCUUUCCUCACAUUAAACAAUCACCCACAAGAACAAGGGGGCAGAGGGAACACUUAUACACAUACUAAUGAGGGGAUAUGAACCAGGUGUGUGUAAUAGACAAGACAAAACAAAUGGAAUGAUGAGAUAGGAUGCGGCAGUGGCUAGAAGGCCGGUGACGAUGAACGCUGAAGCCUGCCCGAACAAGGAGACGAGGCAGCUUCGGAGGAAGUCGUGACACUACCGUGGGAUAUGCGUCAACAGCAACCUUGGGAAAACCCUCUGCAUUAUCAUUAACAGCAGAGUAGUUCAUUUCCUCAGUGAAAACAAUGUACUCAGCAAAUGUCAAAUUGGUUAAAUUGGUUAAAAAUCAAAAUUACCGUAUGACAGACCACGUAUUUACCCUGCACACCCUAAUUGACAAAUAAACAAACCAAAACAAAGGCAAAGUCUUCUCAUGCGUUGUUGAUUUCAAAAAAGCUUUUGACUCAAUUUGACAUGAGGGUCUGCUAUACAAAUUGAUGGAAAGUGGGGUUGGGGGAAAAACAUACAACAUUAUAAAAUCCAUGUACACAAACAACAAGUGUGCGGUUAAAAUUGGCAAAAAACACACACAUUUCUUUCCACAGGGCCGUGGGGUGAGACAGGGAUGCAGUUUAAGCCCCACCCUCUUCAACAUAUAUAUCAACGAAUUGGUGAGGGCACUAGAACAGUCUGCAGCACCCGGCCUCACCCUACUAGAAUCUGAAGUCAAAUGUCUACUGUUUGCUGAUGAUCUGCUGCUUCUGUCACCAACCAAGGAGGGCCUACAGUAUCACCUAGAUAUUCUUAGACCUGGGCCCUGACAGUAAAUCUCAGUAAGACACAAAUAAUGGUGUUCCAAAAAAGGUCCAGUUGCCAGGACCACAAAUAAAAAUUCCAUCUAGACACCGUUGCCCUAGAGCACACAAAAACUAUACAUACCUCGGCCUAAACAUCAGCGCCACAGGUAACUUCCACAAAGCUGUGAACGAUCUGAGAGACAAGGCAAGAAGGGCCUUUCUCUGCCAUCAAAAGGAACAUAAAAUUCGACAUACCAAUUAGGAUCUGGCUAAAAAUACUUGAAUCAGUUAUAGAACCCAUUGACCUUUAUGGUUGUGAGGUCUGGGGUCCGCUCACCAACCAAUAAUUCACAAAAUGGGACAAACACCAAAUUGAAACUCUGCAAAAAUAUCCUCAGUGUAUAACGAAAAACAGCAAAUAAUGCAUGCAGAGCAGAAUUAGGCCGAUACUCGCUAAUUAUCAAAAUCCAGAAAAGAGCCGUUAAAUUCUAUAACCACUUAAAAGGAAGCGAUUCCCAAACCUUCCAUAACAAAGCCAUCACCUACAGAGAGAUGAACUUGGAGAAGAGUCCCCUAAGUAAGCUGGUCAUGGGACUCUGUUCACAAACACAAACAGACCCCACUGAGCCCCAGGACAACAACAACAACACAGUUAGACCCAACCAAAUCAUGAGAAAACAAAAAGAGAAUUACUUGACACAUUGGAAAGAAUUAACAAAAAAACAGAGCAAAUUAGAAUGCUAUUUGGCCCUAAACAGAGAGUACACAGUGGCAGAAUACCUGACCACUGUGAAAGCUUUGACUAUGUACAGACUCAGUGAGCAUAGCCUUGCUAUUGAGAAAGGCCGCCGUAAAAUGAGGUGGAAACUGAGCUGUACUUCCUAACCUCCUGCCAAAUGUAUGACCAUAUUAGAGACACAUAUUUCACUCAGAUUAUACAGAUCCACAAAGAAUUCGAAAACAAACCCAAUUUUGAUAAACUCCCUUAUCUACUGGUAGAAAUACCACGGUGUGUGCCAUCACAGCAGCAAUAUUGAAAUACAACCCAUAUUUAUGUUUAUUUAUUUUCCCAUUUGUACUUUAACUAUUUGCACAUUGUUACAACACUGUAUAUAUACAGUGGUGGUCAAACGUUUUGAGAAUGACACAAGUAUUGGUCUUCACAAAGUUUGCUGCUUCAGUGUUUUUAGAUAUUUUUGUCAGAUGUUACUAUGGUAUACUGAAGUAUAAUUAUAAGCAUUCCAUAAGUGUCAAAGGCUUUUAUUGACAAUUACAUAAAGUUUAUGCAAAAAGUCAAUAUUUGCAGUGUUGACCCUUCUUUUUCAAGACCUCUGCAAUCCGCCCUGGCAUGCUGUCAAUUAACUUCUGGGCCACAUCCUGACUGAUGGCAGCCCAUUCUUGCAUAAUCAAUGCUUGGAGUUUGUCAGAAUUUGUGGGUUUUUGUUUGUCCACCCGUCUCUUGAGGAUUGACCACAAAUUCUCAAUGGGAUUAAGGUCUGGGGAGUUUCCCGGCCAUGGACCCAAAAUUUCGAUGUUUUGUUCCCAGAGCCACUUAGUUAUCACUUUUGCCUUAUGGCAAGGUGCUCCAUCAUGCUUGAAAAGGCAUUGUUCGUCACCAAAAUGUUCUUGGAUGGUUGGGAGAAGUUGCUCUCGGAGGAUGUGUUGGUACCAUUCUUUAUUCAUGGCUGUGUUCUUAGGCAAAAUUGUGAGUGAGCCCACUCCCUUGGCUGAGAAGCAACCCCACACAUGAAUGGUCUCAGGAUGCUUAACUGUUGGCAUGACACAGGACUGAUGGUAGUGCUCACCUUGUCUUCUCCAGACAAGCUUUUUUUCCGGAUGCCCCAAACAAUUGGAAAGGGGAUUCAUCAGAGAAAAUGACUUUACACCAGUCCUCAGCAGUCCAAUCCCUGUACCUUUUGCAGAAUAUCAGUCUGUCCCUGAUGUUUUUCCUGGAGAGAAGUGGCUUAUUUUCUGCCCUUCUUGACACCAGGCCAUCCUCUGAAAGUCUUCGCCUCACUGUGCGUGCAGAUGCACUCACACCUGCCUGCUGCCAUUCCUGAGCAAGCUCUGCACUGGUGGUGCCCCGAUCCCGCAGCUGAAUCAACUUUAGGAGAUGGUCCAGGCUUCCAAUCUGUUAUUCUAACUCAAUCAGCAUGACAGAGUGAUCUCCAGCCUUGUCCUCGUCAACACUCUCACCUGUGUUAACGAGAGAAUCACUGACAUGAUGUCAGCUGGUCCUUUUGUGGCAGGGCUGAAAAAAAAAUGUUCAUGGCAAAGAGAGACUUUGCAAUUAAUUGCAAUUAAUCUGAUCACUCUUCAUAACAUUCUGGAGUAUAUGCAAAUUGCCAUCAUAAAAACUGAGGCAGCAGACUUUGUGAAAAUUAAUAUUUGUGUCAUUCUCAAAACUUUUGACCACGACUGUACAGAAUAUGACAUUUGAAAUGUCUUUAUUCUUUUGAAACUUCUGAGUGUAAUCUUUACUGUUAAUAUUUAUUGUUUAUUUCACUUUUGUUUACUAUCUACUUCACUUGCUUUGGCAAUGUUAACAUGCGUUUCCCAUGCCAAUAAAGCCCUUAAAUUGAAUUGAAUUGAAUUGAGAGAGAGAGAGAUGAAAAAGAGAGGGGGGUGUGGGUAAUGGUGGGGUCAGUCCUCUCACACUCUACCCUCACUAAAAUAACCUGGCCAAGUGGAAACAUCUGCCCUGCCUGAGCCCCUACCUCAGGCUCUCCCUACUCCUCUCUAGGCAUUUCUCUCUCUUUGUAUCUCCCUAGCCUUUGGUAACUGUUAUCUCAUCCCUUGAGUGUAAUCAGAUAUACAGCUGCUCAUGCCACUGGCUCUCCUUAGACUCUGCUGGUACUGUUGGUAUUGGUCUGCAGCUCAUUGACUCAAGCCAACACUGAAGCUUUUAAGAUCGAACAAUACAAUUGCCACACUCCCUUUGUCUGGGAGUGUAAUCCAUCCGGCCAAAGCAUGAGGAAUUACUGAAUUACAGUCAGGAACCAGUACAUUGACUCUAUGCUCUUUCCUCUGCAGAGCUCUUCAUUGAGCGUUUCUGUAUGACGGGUGGGAACAGUCCCAUUGGGUACCUGAAGGCUUACCACACUAACCUGUACCUGUCUGCUGACCCCAUGAAGGUCAGAGAGGCCCUGGAGGAGGGUAAGUGGACAGAGAGCAUAGUCUUGUUAGUUACACUCUAAGAAAAAACAGCCGAAGAACCCUUUUCUCUAAGAGUGUACUGUCCGUCUCAUCGAUGGACACUUUGAUCUGUCUCGUAACACUGUUAUCUAGUUGUUUAAUACAGUGAAAGAAGCUUACGUUGAUCAAGUGAUACUGAGUAAUCUCCCUCUGUCUCUCUCUCUCUCUCUCUCCCUCUCUCUCUCCCUUGAUCUCUGUCUCUCUCCCUUUAUCUCUGCCUCUCUAUCUCUCUCUCAGGGAUCGCGGCAGCCACAAUGUUUAACCCACCAGAGAAGAGAACAGAAGUGUCAGAGACUCAGCUGCGGGUGGCCUUCGAUGGGGAUGCAGUGCUCUUCUCUGACGAGUCAGAGCGCAUCUUUAAGGCCCACGGACUGGACAAGUUCUUUGAGCAUGAGAAGGCACACGAAAACACGCUUCUUGAUCAUGUAUGUCCACGUAUCAUUCCAUAACACAUUAAAUCACAAAUGGAUAUGCAGCAAAAUCUAAAUAGUUUGUAUAUUGACAAAGCAAUAUCCCUCUGUAAUUCAUAUGGAUUAAGGAAUCUAGUGCGGGCAGAAGAGGUUUGGUGUCUCUGUAGAUUUACUGUAGAUUUAAGUGACACAUGUUCAGUGUUCAGGCCCAUCGUGCAGCAACUCCCUCUCUCUCCCUCUCUCUUCCUCUCAGGGACCACUGAAAGGGUUCCUGGAGUCUCUGGGGAAGCUGCAAAAGAAGUUCUAUGCCAAGGGUCAGCGUCUGGACUGCCCCAUCCGUACCUACCUGGUGACGGCACGCAGCGCAGCCAGCUCAGGCACCCGGGCCCUGAAGACACUGCGAUCCUGGGGCCUGGAGACAGACGAGGCCCUCUUUCUUGCUGGGGCCCCUAAGGGGCCAAUGCUGGAGAAGAUCCGGCCUCACAUAUUCUUUGACGAUCAGAUGUUCCAUGUGGAGGGAGCGGCGCAGCUGGGGACCGUGGCAGCUCAUGUGCCAUAUGGUGUGGCUCAGAAACUGCCCCAGAAGAAGCCUGCUAAGGAGAACGCUAAAGACUUUAGCGCUGCCACCAAGUAGUCUGGAUUUUGCUCUCUUCCCUAACCCUGUGAUGGCAAGGGACAAUAAAACAGCAUUGUGGAUUUGAAUGAGACAGUCCUUUUCAGUGCCCU